ACUAGCUCAUUCUAUGAGCACUUGUAUUGGGUUCAUUAGCUUAGUAGAAAGAAAAAUCAGUGCAUGUGAAUACAUUUUAUUUUUCAUCUGUAAUCUGCCAACAGCAUGAUUGGUCUACUUAGAUUUUUUCUUUUGCAUUUGACAUAAUCUAUAUUUUCUGUAGUUAUUCCAGGCAAGCGAUAUAAAGCAUCUGUAUAACACAGCUGGCAGCUGGAUAUAUUUUCACACAUAACUUUACAUUUUGCAAUCAUGAAUGUGGGUAAUUAUGCAUCACAGGGUUAAGGUAGACAUUUGGAGAUGUAAUAGUUGAAAUAUAUUUUUAUUUCCAAAGGAUGCCCAAGAACAAUUUUAAGCAGGAAUAUCAUAUUUUAUUUUUCAAGAAUUGGAUCGUAUGUUUGCAGUCAUUCAAGCAAUAAUAUUUAAGGUAAGUGUAUUGGAAUAAAAUGUUUUUUUUGUUUUUACUGAAUCUAUCUGAAAUGUCAAUAUCAGUUAGAAAAUCAGGUAUCUGUGUUGGAGGCAUGAUAUUCUCUCUCCGUGGUGCUGAAAUAAACCUGUGCAUUCUUUGAUCAUUAUGCUUUUCAAGCUAGAAAUGUCCUAUAUUCAAACACGCACAAUUAACAUUGUAAUAUUUUUAUUACUUCUGCCUAAUGCACACCUAUAUAUAUAUAUAUAUAUAUAGGUGUGCAUUAGGCAGAAGUAAUAAAUAUAUAUAUAUAUAUAUAUAUAUAUAUAUAUAUAUCAUGCAGUGACGAAACAUUAUGUUAUAUUGAAAUUAUGUCUAAUAUUUAUUAUAAAAUACAGUAAAUGUUUGCAUACAUUUAUUUCAUUGUCUUUGAAGAAUGAAAAAUAAUUAUAUAUCUGUCACUGUUUUAAAGAAAAAUAGUUUAAAUGAUCUCUGGAUUUAAGUUUUUUUUUGGGGGGGGGGGUAGAGAGGGGGUACUAUUAAUUGUUUUCCAUUAAAUUUAUCAUUUUAAUGCUAAACACUCAACAUAUGUCUCCAAUAUAAUUUAAAAAAAAAUAAGAAUAGUAAUGAUAACUAAAAGUACAUUAGAUUGUGGCCUUUAAUAUCUUACAGAUGGAUUCUUUGCUGGAAUCCAGAUACUAUUUUUGCAUUUGAUAAGCAGUAAACACUUGCUAUGCAUGACUAUUGAUCCAGAAAUGCAAUAUGUGGUAAUUACAUGACUCUGGGGAGAUAUAGUCCAUAGUGAAUCCAGUAAAUCACAAUUAUUCCUUUUCCUUCAAUCAAUAUAGUCUCUGGCUAAGGUUGAUCAUGAUGAAUCAGAUGUGUUUUUGGACCAAUAAACUGCUUGUAUUUUUUCUCCUCAUCAAUUAGAAUGCUCCCUGUGUCAAUAAACUGGCUGUAUAUUUCUCCAAAUAAACCCCCCUUUCUAUACAUAACGGACUGUCAUUAUAGUGUCCAUAGCUAGUAAAUUGUAUAACAUUGCUUACUUUGCUGAAAAGAACAUUUUGUGCUGAAACCUGCAGUUGCCUACUCCCGGCGAAUGGCUUUGGGUAAAUUAUUUAGUUCUCCAAUAGCAUUUAUAUUGAAAACACUUAUAUUUAUGGAAGAGGCAAAAGUAACUUCACUGAGAUCUUUCUUCUACAAAUUCCAUUUCACAGACUGCCCUCAAUUCAUCAAAUAUCAUUUCUAAUUAUCCAGUUGACUAUAUAAUGCCUAUUAUACAAUAUCAGCCAAUAAAGGAUGCUUUGUUCCUAUGUGGGGUAAAUAACUUGUAUUGGGCUAGUUAGUCGUAUCACACUCUAUCUUCAGACAGAUCCUUACCAUCCUAGCAUGCUCAAUUUGUCAGAUGUGUUUUCUACACUGCAGACUGGAUGCUGAAACACACACCAAAUGAGGUUCAUUAUGCUUAGGCAUAUCAGUGAAUUGGAUUGUUGAUGGUCAUUGUACUGUUAAUGAGUUCCUUUGCUUUUAAUCUAUGUGUGAGGUUUAGCAAGAAUAAGAAUCAUUGAUGUGGGCUUUUAUCUUUUUUUUUUCUAAAUGACUCUGCAGCACAGAGUAUGGAGGAAAUAUUGUUGCCUAGAAUAGAGCACAAGAGACUGAUAACUAUGCUGUUUUAUCUCUAUGGUGAGCAAGGUUUUUGGGACGUGCAUGAUACACAGAAUGUUAGGCUAUGGUACAGCUUCUCAAUGUAUCUACCAUGCUUCUGUUGUCUCUUAAUUACCACGAUACUUGAUCCUACUGUAUCUGGUUAUGUGUCACCAGCAUCUUAAAUAUAUGUAUAAUAUCAGUCUUUGAAUUGCAUGUGCCAAAUAGAUAUCGCACUGUUUAAGAGUGCAUUGUAAUAACAGAAAAGAGCUCAUAUUUUGUCAGGGUUAACGGAUUUCAUUGCAGAAAAUAAUUCAUAGGUCAAUUGAGUAAACUGGGGACCUGCAUCUGUAAUUCUCAUUAUCCUAAACCAGUACUGCGUGGUCAAAUGAUAGUGGUGGUAAUGUCAUACCAACAAAAACUAGAGUGUUAUAGGCCUAUUGCUGUAUUUACCAGUGGGAAUGCUCGAUUUCCACCAUCUUAUGAUACUGGUUGCUUGUUGAUUGUAUAAUUUCUUUGUGAAUUUGCUGUUAAUAUGUUCUUUGGCUUGCAUGGACCUUUAUUUCAUGUUUUCCAGGGCCAUUCAUGUAGCUGCAGAGGGAGCAGCUUUUUAAAAAAUUGCUUUGCUUGUACUGUAAGAAUGAAUUAAAAUCCAUAAUGAUGCUCGUAUAAAGUAGAAAUAGAAACAGGGCCAGCCCUAGAUUUUUUUUGGUUGGCUAGUGCCAAGGGCAAAAUGGUGAGCCAACAAUUAAUGCACUGCCAGGCACUCUAAGAUGUCAUAAUUGUCUCCUGUACUUCCCAAGCUGUAUAUCUAUGUGUGGGGCAGACAGUCUUUAAUGUACUCAUAGACUCUGGGGCUAGUUAUACUGCCAAGAAAAUACAGAGAUACAAGGGAUGGCAUGCUGUAUUAAACAUACAAUAAAAUGCUGCCCCUUCUAGGGGCCACCAACGACUUGAACCUGCCAAGACCCGUGAUAGGAAGGACCAUUUAUAAAUAGUUUAAUGCUAAUUUCUUGUACUUGCAUAUUCAUCAGCCUUGCAUACAUCAGAAACAUGAGUCAGAUCAAGUAAACUAAUAUAGGAAAAAUUCAAUCUUGGUAAUAUCAUUGAUUGGGUUCAACUUGUGUAUAAAUACUCUGGAGUGCGUUUAAUCUUCACAGUAUAGCAGCCCUAAGAGUAAUUAAUAUGGCUAAUUUAAAGCAGAAACCAUCAAUUAGCAUAUCAAAUUUUAACAUGGCUUAUUAAUUAUCUUGCUCAUGUCGACUGAAUAACCUGUAAGGAUGUAGUAAGAGCAAAAAUAGAGAAUGUUACCACAGAUCAAAAAGAUGCUAGACUGUACUAUAGUGACAUGAGAACUGGUUUGAUCUCCUCAGUGUAUUCAAGACAGGUAUGUAUAAUUCUCAUACUCCCUCAACCACGUUCUAUCUCCUGCCUGCCUUUCACAUUUUCUUUAAUGCUACAUUCAUAUAAACACAUAGUGAGAGGCAAGUGAAGGAAAGGGGUGCAUAACCAGUUUCAGGCAUUUAAUCCUCCUCCAUGUCACUCCAUGUCUUAUAUUUGUACACCUGAAAAUAUACAUGUAUUCAUAUAAAGAUGAUCUUAGAGUAUUCCUGAGCACAGUCACAUGAACUGAGAAAUGUAAACAUUAUUUUUGAUUCUUGAAAUUUGAUUACUCUCAUUACUACUUCUGGUAUACAAUCAUGUAUAACCCAUACGUAGUUAUUUACAGUGACUUUCAAACUUGUUAUUUUAGACCAUGAGCACUGUACGAGUAGACUCUUCAUAAAAAUAACUAAAGGGUCGUUUUAUUCCGGUUUUAGUAUACAGGGAGUGCAGAAUUAUUAGGCAAAUGAGUAUUUUGACCACAUCAUCCCCUUUAUGCAUGUUGUCUUACUCCAAGCUGUAUAGGCUCGAAAGCCUACUACCAAUUAAGCAUAUUAGGUGAUGUGCAUCUCUGUAAUGAGAAGGGGUGUGGUCUAAUGACAACACCCUAUAUCAGGUGUGCAUAAUUAUUAGGCAACUUCCUUUCCUUUGGCAAAAUGGGUCAAAAGAAGGACUUGACAGGCUCAGAAAAGUCAAAAAUAGUGAGAUAUCUUGCAGAGGGAUGCAGCACUCUUAAAAUUGCAAAGCUUCUGAAGCGUGAUCAUCGAACAAUCAAGCGUUUCAUUCAAAAUAGUCAACAGGGUCGCAAGAAGCGUGUGGAAAAACCAAGGCGCAAAAUAACUGCCCAUGAACUGAGAAAAGUCAAGCGUGCAGCUGCCACGAUGCCACUUGCCACCAGUUUGGCCAUAUUUCAGAGCUGCAACAUCACUGGAGUGCCCAAAAGCACAAGGUGUGCAAUACUCAGAGACAUGGCCAAGGUAAGAAAGGCUGAAAGACGACCACCACUGAACAAGACACACAAGCUGAAACGUCAAGACUGGGCCAAGAAAUAUCUCAAGACUGAUUUUUCUAAGGUUUUAUGGACUGAUGAAAUGAGAGUGAGUCUUGAUGGGCCAGAUGGAUGGGCCCGUGGCUGGAUUGGUAAAGGGCAGAGAGCUCCAGUCCGACUCAGACGCCAGCAAGGUGGAGGUGGAGUACUGGUUUGGGCUGGUAUCAUCAAAGAUGAGCUUGUGGGGCCUUUUCGGGUUGAGGAUGGAGUCAAGCUCAACUCCCAGUCCUACUGCCAGUUCCUGGAAGACACCUUCUUCAAGCAGUGGUACAGGAAGAAGUCUGCAUCCUUCAAGAAAAACAUGAUUUUCAUGCAGGACAAUGCUCCAUCACACGCGUCCAAGUACUCCACAGCGUGGCUGGCAAGAAAGGGUAUAAAAGAAGAAAAUCUAAUGACAUGGCCUCCUUGUUCACCUGAUCUGAACCCCAUUGAGAACCUGUGGUCCAUCAUCAAAUGUGAGAUUUACAAGGAGGGAAAACAGUACACCUCUCUGAACAGUGUCUGGGAGGCUGUGGUUGCUGCUGCACGCAAUGUUGAUGGUGAACAGAUCAAAACACUGACAGAAUCCAUGGAUGGCAGGCUUUUGAGUGUCCUUGCAAAGAAAGGUGGCUAUAUUGGUCACUGAUUUGUUUUUGUUUUGUUUUUGAAUGUCAGAAAUGUAUAUCUGUGAAUGUUGAGAUGUUAUAUUGGUUUCACUGGUAAUAAUAAAUAAUUGAAAUGGGUAUAUAUUUGUUUUUUGUUAAGUUGCCUAAUAAUUAUGCACAGUAAUAGUCACCUGCACACACAGAUAUCCCCCUAACAUAGCUAUAACUAAAAACAAACUAAAAACUACUUCCAAAAAUAUUCAGCUUUGAUAUUAAUGAGUUUUUUGGGUUCAUUGAGAACAUGGUUGUUGUUCAAUAAUAAAAUUAAUCCUCAAAAAUACAACUUGCCUAAUAAUUCUGCACUCCCUGUACAUGUUUCCUACUAUGUUUAUACAAGCAUGAAAAUGUACAAAUGAUGUACUCUUAUACUUUUACACUCACUAAAGAAUCUGUAUUUUACUAGUUGACAUGAUAUCUCUUUGAACACAAAAUAAACAAUACAUGGAGAUCUACCUCUUUCAAUAGGCUUCUAUGUGCAACAGUUUUAUGUUAGAUCUUUUUCCAUCUCAAGGUUCAGGGGAGUUAUGGCAAACAAAACAUGUUGCAGCUGAUGACUAACUAACUCUUUAUUAAGAACUCUAUUUUUGUAUGUCUUUGCUGGCUCUUACUAUUCUGCUUUUCUGGCACCUGUAUCCUUUCUCUAUGAACACUGCUCAAAGCCUUGAGCAUUUUUGACAUUCCAGAGAAACCACUGGCUAGUGAAAGAUGCCAUAGCUAUUAAUACGAUUUUUACUUAACGGUGAUAUACAAAAAUAAUCCUUCAAAUAAUUUUGCCUUCGAGUAAUAGUCAGGAUUAUGUACUAAAGAGAGAAUUGUUUAAAAUUCAAAGUGUAUUUCUAAUUUAUGUCCAAAAUAGCCCUACAGAAAAGAUUUGCCAAGUCAGUAUGCUUCCAGUUUGGCUACUUAUCCUUAAAUGAAACCAUGUCCCUCCUAUAGCCAUGAUUGAGUUCAAGUUUACCAAGCAACGUGCGAGAGACACAUUACGUGUCCUACUGGAUUACAUACACUUGGGAGAAAAUGCCUCUAGAUCAAACAGGAGGCGGAGGUAUAUUUUGGGUAGCCUGAAAUGAAAACCUAAUGAAUAAUAACACUGGCUGGUAAUGACGUGAGGGGUUAUGGGUAAAACAGGAAAAGGUGUUUUGAGGCAAUAUACUAAUUGAAUGCAUAUGAGACAUCCACUAAAUGCUACUACAGAGGAGAAAGAACAGCUUUAUUAAAAACUAAAACUAUACAGGUAUGUCAACUUUCAUUUAUAAAAACUUUCAAUUAAUAACAUAAGUAUUGUAUUUUAACUUACCAUGAAUUCAGCCAAUGGACACACAAACUAAAUUGGAUGCCUGUCUGGCUAUGACAACAGCGGGAAUACAAUGAACCUAUUGCAGAAAAUAAAAAAAAUGCAAUAAUACAAUACCAAAGGCAUUGCUAAUUAUAUGUAUAGUGGGGCAUAACAUUUCAAGUCCUAUGUCACUAGCCAGGCAUUAAAAUUAAAGUGCUAAUGCAAGCCUGGAGGAUGAAUUUUUACAUUUUUACUCACAAAAGGCUAGUGGUAAGUGGGAAUUUUGAACUCUGCCAUAACUAAUGAAUUCACAAUCUUUAUAGAAUCACCUCAUAUCGUGUAAACCAAAAGAACUUAGAUUGUGACUUGGUGCUGACAGAUCUCUAAUAAAACAUAUGAAUAAAAUAAUGCAGGACCUAUAAAUUAAUUACUUAUUUAUUAUAAAUAAUCUAAAAGUAGUAUAGUGAAGCAAAUCACAAAAUGCCACUGGUAGAAAGGACUCUUAGCAGGGUUUUCUUCCACACUAUGGUUUUUCGCUCCUCUAAUGUCACUUCCUCAGGGGCUCUCGGGGAAAGAAAAAGCUUGUUCGCUGGCUUAAAAACCAUAAAAUCAAACCUUCUGCAUGAUAUCUUAUUUAAAUCUCCCUUUGACCCUGAUUUGACAAACAAUGCAAUGCUCAGUUCUAGAAUCUUUCUAUUAAUAAAUGUAAGCAUAUUUUUUUAAGACUGGCAAAUGACAGCUGUAUAUUCCUAUAAUAAAAGCACAGAUAAAAAUAGAUGCCUGUGUGGAUUUGGUAAUAAUUUAUAAUAUAAAAGCUUCCCAUCACCAGUAUUAUUCCAUAAAUAAAUGAUGGUUUUUGUGUUCUUGUCCUCAGGCCUAGAACACACAUGUUGCUUGAAAAACAUAGCCCAGUCAGAAAGUGCUAUUGAAAAUAGUUUGUCACUCUUCAUUGCUACUGCAUUCCUUGAGGGAUAGGUAGCAAACAUCACAAGGAUGAUCUGUGUUCUGCAGGUCCUGCCAAACAUACAAUUAGGAACCAGAAGUAUUUAGAGGCUUCCUACAAAGUUACAGCAAAUACACCUCUGGCAAAUCCAUAGCUAACAGCUUGGAUUAACAACAGCGUUCUCACUACUGCUGAUAACAGUAACACUUAUGUUGAAGAGCACAAAGAAGGGUCACUGCUUGACAGGUGUUAAUCCCAAACAGCCUUAAACUGCUUCAGUAGCGAUACACACAUAGAGCUAAGAUUUGCCCCCUGGUUUCAGAGCCCAGAUUGGUUUCAGAACCGUGAUUGUUACUUUGGGAUUAAGUUCUAAAUUGCAAUAUUGACUGUUACAGUCACAGAGGCCAGCAACAAAAUUAGUUAGAUAAAAUAGAAGUAUUUAGCUGAAAAAAGUAUGUAAAAAUGCAAUUUUCUCUUUUUAUUACUCUAAUCAGAGGUUUUUGAUAUAACACGAAAAGUCUAAAUUUUCCCACAAUUAUUUUGUGAAAUACAACUCCAUAGAAAGCUUCCAAAAUAACUGAGUGGGAGGUAAGGUGGGAAGUGCAGGGUGGGUAUUAAUUAAUAAAGUGAAGUGGAUGUUUAUUUUUACUAACAAUUCUGUAAAUUCACCAUUCAGGCAGUCUGCAGCAGGAGUCAUCUUCCUCCCAUAGUAUGAUGGCCAAUGACUGCACCUCGCUCCCAGCACUGGCCUGUUUAACAAGCUGUGGAUUUCUAAGUGUUCCUGGGAAACAUGCUUGAGAGCCAGUCACAAGGUUGAGGUGGCCUUAGAAGGGAGCUGGUAGGACUGCAUUCUAAAGCAGCCAAUCACAGUGAUUGCCUGUGCAUAGCAGCUCCAUGUCUUCCUGGCUGAUCAGCAGCAUUGGCAGCUGCAAUAAAAAGCACCAGGGUCUGUGAAGCAUUUCCAUGUUUACCAUUGUGGGCUGCCGGUGGUAGGACUUGGCAGGUGACUGUCUGGCAAGUUAAGGAGUGGCGUCUCCAGGAUUCAUACUUAGAGGGGGCACAUAAGGGGGGCAGUUAUAGAACGUGUGUGUGUAUAUAUUUAUAUAUAUAUAUAUAUAUAUGCAUACACAAGGCUCGAUAAAUUCCAGGUCGUCAUGGCGACUACACAUUUCGCCCUGGCGCCUGGCAUUUGUCAGACCUUUGCUAAGCCGCGCCGGAAACAUUAGAGUGGGCUGCCACGGGAAGCAUGGAGACAGCGCGUGAGGAAGAAGUAACCUUUGUGCAGUUCUUCUCUGCUCCCUUGCACGCUGUUUAGUGACAUGACAUCACACUGCCCCCGGCAUCACUUCAGAGAGCGCGCAGAGGAGCAGAGGAGACACACUGAACGCCAGGGAAAGAUCCACUCAGCUCUCCCAAAGGCUGGGUGGAUUUAAAUUAAAAUAGAAAUAGCAAUUUGUGAGUGUGUGUGUGUUCUGAAAGGGCCUGUAAAGUGUGUGUGUGUGCGUCUAGGGGCUGCAUUGUGAGUAUAUGUGUAUUCGGGUUGCAUUGUGUGCUUAUCAAGGAGCUGUGGUUGUUAAAUAUAUAUAUAUAUAUGAGAUAUGGUGUGUAAUGGGGUGAAGCAUGUAUGUAUGUAUGCAUGUGAGUGUAGGGGUGAAGGUAUGUGGGGAAGAAGUGUGUAUGUGGGUGAAGAGAUGAUGUGUGUGAGGGGUGCAUUGUGAAGAGCUUUACAAUUUUUACUUUAAUAAUUGUUUAAAAAAAAAAAAAAAGAAUAUUCCCCUUUCCCUCAUCUUACUUUGCAGGGAGGAGGUGGCACAAUCAGAUCCAUAGUGGUUGAGAAGGCUGCCUAUCCAUUGGGUACAGGGGAGGUCACGAGAUGAGAGUUCUGUCUCUUGGAGCUCAAGCACUUACAGAGACUGACCCAUACAAACCCAGACUGACCCAUACACAGACAGACCCAUACACACAGACUGACCCAUACACACAGACUGACCCAUACACAUACACAGACAGACACAUACACACAAACUGACCCAUACAUACAAAGACUGACACCCCCCCACACAGACUGACCCAUAAACGCACACAGACUGCUACCUUACACAGACUAACCCAUACAUACAUACAUAGGCUGACCCCCGCCCCGCACACAGACUGACCAUACACACACACACAAACACACACACACUGACCCCCUACACACACAGACUGACCCACACACAGACUGACCCAUACACAGAAUGGCCCUCACACACUGACCCCCUCACACACAGACUGACCCUCUCACACACAGACUGACCCCCCACACACAGAGACUGACCCCCUCACAUACAGAUUGACCCAUACACAGAAUGGCCCUCACACACAGACUGACCCAUACACAGAAUGGCCCUCACACACAGACUGACCCCCUUACAUACACACAGACUGACCCCUUCACAUACAGACUGACCCCCUCACAUACAGAGGUUGACCCCCCCCACACACAGAGGUUUACCACCCCACACACAGAGGUUUACCACCUCACACAAAGAGAUUGACAACCCCACACACAGAGACUGACCCCCUCACAUACAGACUGACCCCCUCCACACACAGACCCCGUCACAUACAGACCCCCCACACACACUGAUUCCCACUUACCUGCAGCUGCCUGGGUAAAAGUGCCCCUGCAGCUUGUGAAGGGAGACCCAGUGCUCCCGACUUCAAUUGCAAUUGGGGGGGGGCACUGCAUGAUGAAGGGGGUCCAUGGCCCCCUCUGGCCCCCCCUAGUGACGCCACUGAAGUUAAGGCACUAGAUGGGUUGUACUGUGCCGACCUUAGCCAACCUCUGCAAUGAUGAGACUGAAAGUGGUACUAAUGAGAACAUGGGCUCUAUAGUCAUAAUAUAGAAAUUGAUUACUAUGCUGUUAGGUGAAAUUAAUCUAUGUUUACUGGACAUUUUAAGCAAGUAUAUGUAAGGCCAGGGAAAUGGUGAGCCCUGCAUGUUCCUGUAUGACUUUUAUGGGCCAGAAGUCCAGGGGAGUCCAUCAAAAGUAGAAAGUUUAGAAGUGUAUAAUUUAUUUUAAUGGUUUAUGUGCAUAGCACAUUCAUAAUAGAAUAAUAAUCAGCAAGGUGUAGCUCUUUUUAAAGGGAAACAAAUCCAUUGUGAUUUCAAACUGAAUUUCAAGUUUAAGGCCAAAAUAGCUUAAAUGAAAAUAAUUUUUUUCAAUUUAGCUAUUAUAGCCUAAAUGUUGAUAUUCACCUUGACUUUUCAACAAUUAUCACUUUGGUGAUUAACCCUAUGUAGACUGCAUUGUGCUCACCCACUUUUUAUUGCGUUCUUUAAAAAAAAAAAUCACCCAUAUCUUUGAGGGAGAGUUGAGCAUAUUCUAUGGAUAUUUUAAAUUGUUUCUGUAUCUUUGGCCUUUGCCGCUUAGGGUACAGUGGCAUGGGGUACAGCAGAGAUGAGUUAUACUUACCUGAAGGUGUCUCCAACAGGUGCUACCAUCAUCCAUCUUUACCUCCAGUGAAACCAACAUCAUGCCGUACUCUUUCAUACUCAAAAGUACAACACUGAUGUCUAUGGAGGAUUGUCUUAUGAUGAGUGAGACAAUGCCUGAUUCUCACUGCCGUUGCUAGCAACAGCUGCUUUAAUUGACAACAUGACAGUGGUACCCAGUGGUAUUUUGGUUUUGUGCUGCCCUAGACUUGACUAAGCUCGGGCAGCCCACUAAUCUAAAUUUACCCACCCUUUCCUAUCAAGGCUGCACCUUUUACUGUUUAAGACCAACACACACCUUGACUGACAGGCACAUGACAUACACUCACUGACAGACACACAGUUAUUGGCGCACACAUUGUUUAACCAACACACACUUUCACUGACAGACACACACCCACUCACUGACAGGCACACACUUUCAGGUAAACAUACAAUGACAUACAUUCACUGGCAGACACACGCUGACAUACCCGCCCUCACUGAUUUGACAGACACUGACAGCCACAUACAAUCACUAACAGACACACACUCUCACUGAUUUGACACACACUCACAGACACACCCUUACUGAUUUGACACACUCUGACAGACAAGCACACAUUCACUAACACAUUUACUCACAGACACAUACAUACAAUCAUAGCCACACACUCACUCACAGACACACAACUCACUGACAGACACACAUUCACUGACACACACACACACACACACACAGACUCACUGAUAGACAAACACUCACUGACAGACCCACUCACUGACAGACACACACACACACAUUCACUGAUAGUGACACACUCACACACAUUUUCUCCGAAAUAGUUACUUUUGCCUCCCUACUUUUUGGAGAGCUGGUAUGGGUCCUGUCCUUGGGGUCUAGUGUGGAUCCUGUACCUGGGGUCCAGUGUUAGAUUGCUUUUCUUUUCUUGCACUGCUCCCUGGUGUGCCGAUUUGUGAUGCCAGGGCCAUAUUGAGACGUCCAGCGUCACAGCAAGGCGCAUGAGGGAGCAGAGCAAGAAAAGCAGGAAGAUGACAGCUGCUUCUAUUGCUCACAACCGCCCGCCUCUAGGAGUCCUUAUGUGGCCAGGUGGCUAGCAAGGCAUUUGCUAAAGUUUCCAGAGCAUUUGGGUGCAGUUUUUUUGCCUCACUAUAAUACAGUGCUAGUGAUAGCUCUACCUUUUGUCAAGUUUUGAAAAAUUAGGAUUUAGCAAAAGACACACAGGACAUGACUUAAUUAUUUUGUAUAAGCUUGUCAAAUGACUGCAAUUUUCAAUCUAUGGAAGUUCUGUAAAAUGUAGAUUAAUCAUUUAAAAUGUUUCUCUGACAGAUUGUGAUCAUUUGAAAAGCUUAUUCAAAAGAGUUAAAUUGAAGCUAAAGUCCCUUAUCUAAUGAUAAUCUUCUGGUUUAAAGAGCCGCUUUAACAGCAGAACAAUUUGUAUUGAAGGAAACACAAUCCACAGCAGACUCUUCUUUAGUUACAUGUAUUCAUAGAUGCUAUUAUAUCAAAUUAUACAAGUUAAUCAAAGUUGUGAUGAAUAGAUUAAGUCAUUAUUUUUAUGAAUAAAGGAGACUUGAACUUUUGUGCAGAGGGCUAGUUACACACCCGGCAACCGUAACUCAGGCAUCCUGGAACUCUGAUCUGGGCUGCCUAUUGUCAAUUCUGUGCAAAAGUGACAUCUGUUGUCAGAACACAGAAUGCACUGGCAACACAUGUAAUCAUCUUCUCCCUUGCAGGCAGUGUGCUCUCCACUCCCUCCCAUUGUGUGCUCCCUCCUGCCUCCCUAUUGCUGUUCAUUUCUUAAAAAAAAGAAAAAUCCCCACUCUCCCCUCGCAGCUCAGAGUGCGCAGAUGAGCUCUGAGACAAUGACAUGGUCAAAUCAAAUGAGUAGAAUAGAAUUGAGUAGAAUUUGACAGAACUGCACAAGACCAUUGGUGACUUCAGUUGGAGGUAUAGCUGUGGAUUCUUGGUAAAAAAAAGAUUGUGUGUAUGAUUUAUAACUAGGUCAUUCUAAAGUAAAUGUAAAAUUCAGUCAGCAUGGGAUUAUACAGUAUACAGUAAGCUGUAUACUAUAGAAACUAAAUGAAAUAAUAUAUAUGAUAUAGUAAUAUUGCAUUAUUUAUGUCUAUAUGUGUAUGUUCUUUUUAUUUGUUGCAAUCCUACUUUGUAGGAAGAAGAAAAUAUUAACCUAACUAGUACUGUUUAGGUCUAAAUUGUGCUAAUGAUGUAUUUAAUGGGUCUGCACUGCACCUUUUAUUGUCAAAAAAGAUCUAGUAGAACUGAUACCUUAAAUAGGUUAGUGCUUCCUGAGACCAAAAGUUACUAAGGAGUGUAGCAUGCUUAAUGGUGCUUGCUAAAUUUGAAGUGUAUCAAUAACAUGUCUAAAUUGUUAAGUAGACGAAAACUCAAUAAUGUCCAUCAAACAGGGAUGUGUUCAUAUUAACACACUGUGCUAAUUGAAGGGAGUGGACAUACAGAAUAAUUUAGGCCGUCUGAUGCCAAAGUGUAUUAAUGACACAGUUAUAUUUAAUGAUCCUACAAGGACAAAAUUAACAAGACAUCCAUUCAAUGGGUCAAAGUUUAUUUAGCUCCAAAUGUGCCUGUUUCAUUCAUAUGUAAGAUCCACAUAUAUAUGUGACAUUAAUAUGCCAUUAGUACAGAUGAGUUAACAAACUAAGGGACAUCAUUUAAUGCUUUUACCAGAAUAACAAAAAAAAGAGGUUUGUAAAUGAAUGCCCACAAACACAUGUUUACCCUUGGAGAAUAUACCUGGUGACUGCUACAUUGUAAACUUGUAAAAAUAAUUUAAAAAACACACACAAAAAAAUCAAUUUCUGAGCGUUAGCAUCAGAAAAUGGUACAUCACCCCCACCCCCAUGCGCACACACAUAUUUCAUCCAGCUAUAUAAUCCUAAAGCCUACUAUAAACAGAUUAUCUAAACUCUGAACCCUCACUAAGCUGAAUAUGCAGCUAAACAUUUACUAUACUAACAAUUUUAGUUGCACAACACACAUCAAAAUUCCUUCAUAUAACACCCCACAUUGCAUACAUAUUUAGAUAAGUAAAGGGUAUAUACACUAAAAUGUACCCAUGGUGUGUGCCCUCUUUAAAAAUAAUUGAGUGAGGUUCUGAAAACCUAGUUGAAGGUAAUGCCCAAAGUUGCAUUCACCCUGGAAAAAAUGCUUUAGUAUAAUAUAUAUAAAUAUAUAUAUUUUUUAAACAAAUAACUGUAUAAAAUAUAUAAGAAUGUUUGUUUUCUCGAUCCCACUAUCUUUUAUACUAUUUGGCAGAGAGUUAAGAAUGAGAUUUGUUUAGUACAUUUGCUAAGAAUUUGUAAUAUAUCUCUAUGUAGAUCAACAGAACAUAUGGUGACUGCCAGACUUUUAGUACUUUAGAUCACUUUUUAGAAAAGGUCACUUACAUCAGUGGUCCCGAACCCAGUCCUCAUGGACCACCAGCAGUCCAGGUUUUGUCAGUAUCUCAAUUUGAAUUCAAAAGGGAAAUUCAUAAAUCCUGGACUGCUGAUGGGCCAUGAGGACUGGGUUGGGGACCACUGAGUUACAUGAAUCUCCCUCUUUAAAGAGUUUAACAUUAGUAAUAACAUUAGUAUUUUUGUGUAUUCUUAUUGUAGCUCCCUUGCCCAUUAACAUUUGGUUCUCACUGGCUCUACAGUGUUAUACCAUUGUAUUUGUUGUGUCUGACAUAACAUGAUAAUGAAGAAGAAAAAUGAUGGAGAUGGGAUUGCAGAAACAGAAAGUCUUUCAAUGUGUAGAUGAGACCAUAGCAUCCCUGUUCCACUGGCUUGUUAUGUGUAGUAUUUUGUAGUAAGGUUAACUUAACACUGCAUUUUCUCUGAAACAACAGUGUUUAAUGCAAAAAGCCUGCAGGGACUGACUAUACUCACCAGAACAACUACAAUGAGCUUUAGUUGUUCUGGUGACUAGAGUGUCCCUUUAACCCCUUAAAGACACAUGGCAUGUGUGACAUGUCAUAAUUCCCUAUUCCAGAAGUUUGGUCCUUAAGGGGUUAAUGAACCCAUAGGUUUAGGUAACUAGAUCUCACCUUUGCGAUUGCACCGUCGGGGUCGUUACAAAUUUUACCUCAGACGAUGACAGUGCCACUUUAAAUUGCACAUUAUUUCAUACCUCCCUCUUUCAAAUGGACAAAAAGGGCCACUUUAAUUUUAUGGAUGUGAGUGGGGAUGUGGCCAGGGUUGACUUAGUAAUUGCAAUUUAUGCAACUAAAAUGGAACUAAGAACAAGAAUAAUGUAACCAAUUUACACAGACGGGUUUCUAAACACAUUUAUUUUAGUUGGGAGUAUUAUCGCUGUGUAGUGUGGUAUAAACUCAGUCACACCAAGAAUACUUAUCCUUCUCCUAUUUUUAAGCAUAUAUAUUACUCAAAUUGCUGAUUUUGCCGUAAACCCAAGAAAUAAUGUACAUGCCAUAUAGUACGAUAUUCCUUUAUUAACAUAUAUACAAUAUAUAUUUUUUAAAAGUGCAUUAUCACUCAGAAAUUGCCAGUCAGUAAUUUACAAGGAAGGAACAUUAUUUUUAUAUGGAAGAGCUCUGUAUUUUACAAGUUUUGAAAAUCAACAUGAAACUUGCUAUGUAUAAUGUUAUUUACUGUAGAGCCAGAACCCCUUUUCCUCAUAAACCAGAGUGAGCAGUUUCCUAGCAGAUCAUAAAGUCUCAGAGGUCGAUUUUACUAGUUACAGGAAAAAAUGGCAUAUCCUGUAAACUGACUUACAGUUAAAAGUCAGAAAAUAAACUUUGUCAUAUUUACUGGCACAAAUUGUGGGCUUACUUCCAAAUGCACCUCACAACAUCCAAUUUUGUUGUUGUUGUAAGUGUAUAUUUUUGAGAAAACAUGUUGGAAGUGGUUAAUUGCAUUGUUUGCAGCCAUAAUGCCAUCAGUUUAAGUUAUUAAAAAUAAAAAAUCUGUGGUCCAAGAGACCCCAGCUAAAUAAAUCUCUGACCUCGACCUGCUUUACUGCUGGUGAGGGAAUGAAAAACAUCCCAUUGGAACAACAGUGCAACAAAUACUCCUUGUUUCUACAUGAUUUGUGCAGGAAAUGGAUUGAAGAAUUACAUUAUGUAGGGGCCUGGUGAACAACAUCUACCAUUUCUCUCAUCCUGCAGGGUCAUGGGAUGGAGGGUAAUUACAAGACUGCAUGGUCCUUAAGCGACACUGUCACGAUGAACUUACCUUUUCCCAAUCGCUUCCUCUUCUCUUCUUCUUUCCUACUCUGUGUUUCGUUUUUUUUCAAUUUUUCUUAUGUCUUAUGCAUUUUUCCUAUGCCUGACUUAGUAUUAGAAAAUAAGUGAGUUUAAAACUUCCCUCCUGCCCCCCACAACCCAAUAAAGGGGGACCUGGCACAAGUUUCCGAAGCCACUAUGGUGUGGCACCUAUGAGAACAAUUAACAGGGGGAGACAUAGAGAUCCCCUCAAGCCCCCACCCAUACCUCACAAGUGGGAGCUAUUAAACUAAAUGGGGAACCUAGUGUCUCACCCAGCCCAAACCCAUUAGUGGCAGUUGUGGGCCCUAAAGAUAAUGGGCAUCCUCUCCGAAUCCCCACUCAUAAGUGGUGUGUGGGCGGACCUAAGUGAAAGUAGGGGUCCCCUUCAGCUUCCACCCGUUAGCCGUGGGCCCUAAGGGAUAAUGGGGAUCCCCCUCAGCACCAAGCCAUUAGCGGCAGGUGGGGACUCUAAAUGAUAAUGUGAGUCCCACGCAGGCCGUUCCCGUUAGCAGAUGGUGAGGGCCCUAAGUGAUAAUGGAGUGGGACCUACUGUCUUUGGUCUUCGUUGAUUUGUUGUAAUUUCUAUUUGUUCAUUCGUGUUUCUGAUGAAUUGAUAAAUAGGCAAAAUUUGGGUUUGAAAUUCGGAUGAUGCAGUAAAAAUAAAGAUGAAAUGGGGGACCUAGAGGCAUUUGGGGAUGACUAGUGGGUCAAUAAAAGUAAAGGAGAUAGGACGUGGUUAAAAGGGGCUUUUUGACUCAUACAAGUAAGAGUUUCUAUUAGUAAGGGCUUUUCUAUUCAACUGCUAAUGAAGUAUACACCGAUUAGAUGGCUUACAUCUUAACUCUAAUAGUGUGUCUCCAAUACAUUAAAUGUUUAUUCUUUUCUGUUCUAAAGGAGAGAUGUGUUCUAGUAAGCACUAAAAAGAAAAAAUAUAUAUACACAUAUACAUAUAUAUAUAUAUAUAUAUAUAUAAAAAUCUCUUGCACUCACGCUUAACUGUCCCUUGAUUGCCGGGUGCUAGUAAUCCAGGGCUUUAGUAUCCAUAUGUCCAAAGAGGUAGCAGCACUCAAGGGGUUAAAAAGUCCAAUCUUUAUUUAGAAAUGUUAAAACACGAUCAACGUUUCAGUCCUAUCUAUAGGACUUUCUUCAGGAUCAAUACCUUGGAUUGGACUUUUUAACCCCGUGAGUGCUGCUACCUCUUUGGCUAUAUAUAUAUAUAUAUAUAUAUAUAAUGUAUUAUAAUACAGCAGAUGAGGGGGGAGAGGCCUGACAGCCAACCGAGCAGGACGUACAUGGCUGGAGCUGCUCAGCCUAAGCCUGAAAAAAAGCAUUGAUUAACCUGCUUGGGGCCUACGUGGGAGUCCCGGGCAGGGGAGGCGGUCGUUCCGCUGUCGGAGCUCGCUCUGAGUCUCAAUUGGGCCUGCUCCCCUUCCCCUCCUCUGGACAGGUGGGGGUUAUCACGGUCCCCACUGUCAAGCUACUUGGACUGUUCUCCCGGUCCAUUCCUAUCCAGCACAUACCUGCAACUACAAGCCUACUCACCACCAUGGCCGCUGCAACACUGAAUGCCCCGAAGCCUGCACACCUGCACCUGAAUACUCGAGUGGACCUGCUGCUACUGAAAUUUGACAGCAUCUGUGCCCAAUUCUCAGGGGAAAUCAAUGCUCGAGCAGGGAUUGCCUCGCAUGGAGGUCGGUGCAACCGCCUCCAGGUGGGGUCUCCAUGGCCUACCCAGGAAGCAACUCCAGCAGUAAGGCAGAAGAAAAGAAGGCUGAGGCUGACAGUGCCUCGGGGUAAACCUACUUUCUGGCACCGCCGGAGUGAGCCCACGCGGCAGUCAUGUCAUGGUUAUCCACGUGGGAUUGCAACACGCCGCCAGAGAGAGUCGGCUCGGACAAGCCUGCAGAAGAAGGAGAGAAGAUCCAGAGGCUUUGGGUCUGCGGCUGGCAGGGUAGAACACCCUGAAGGGGCACCACAUGAUAGCAGCUGUCCCCCUCUGCAGCCCAGCAGAAUGCCGUACACUGGUGUCGCUGAAGCUCCACCUACAGGCAUCGGCUAAGUAAAUCUCAGCACAGGCCAACUCUUCGCUGCAGCCAUGGACUCUAAUAUCACACAGUCACUCUAUUAAUGCAAGUAAUGGCCGGCUGUAGUAUAUAUAUUCCUCUUAACACCAGGGACACCCAGUGGUUUUAACAAUGUUAAUCCCAGUAGACCUGCUAAACCUGUUAAUACCUAUUAUCUUCUCCUGAUUGUGUAUGCCUGAGCCUAGCUAGUUAUACUCUACAUUUGACAGGGCAGUUCUGUUUUCGCUUCUAUACCUACUCUAGAUAAUGUGUACUUGUCAAUAUGGCGGAACCUAUACGCAUUGCUUUUGUAUACUCUUUACUUAUAUCACUCCACCUAUACUAUAAAAUUGUGCAUGUGUUCUCAAUUACCCCAAAUGUAAAGCAUGACAAUAUGCCUGAGGAAUGCCGUUGGGGUACCUCAUGCAUGUUUGUAAUAUUCUUAUGCACUGCAAAAUGCAAAAAAUAGAUAAACAAAUAAUACAGCAGAUGAUCAUCAUAUCAAAAUUAAAUUGUUACAUUGGUUGAUAUAUUUUUGAAUGUCUAGAUCAGUGCCUGGAUGUAAAGCAUUUGAUUUAUUUUACACUAUUGCUUCUAAUCUCUGUCCUUCUUAAAACCUGAUAAAAUUUUAGAGUUAGUGAUUAUAUAUAUAAAAAUAUGCCUACUUGGGAAAAACAACUAAACAGCUACAUAUUAGUAAGAUAUUUCUCUGUACUGAAUCCAGCAGUACAGAGCAAAAAGCAUAUAUUAAAAGGAUACUUUAAGCACCAAAGCAAGUUUAGCUUAAAGGAAAACUAUAGGGUCUGGAACACAAACAUGUAUUCCUGACCCUAUAUUUUUAAACCCACUAUCUAGCUCCCUGGCUUCUCCUUGGGAUCCUCAAUAUAGUAAAAUCGUACCUUUAUUCCAGUUUGUUGGUGCUGGCUCUGCCGCUGAUCUGCCUCCUUAAGUGACAUCAUCAGAAGUGAUGAUCUCAGCAAACCACAUUUUUUUUUCCAUAGCAAAGCAUUGGAUUGGCUGAAAUGGUCAGUUCUGAUUAUCUCAGCCAAGGAAGUAAUCAGGAGUGGAGCCAAAUGCUGCCCUGGCUUUUCAGCAUCUCCUCAUAGAUAUCCAUUGAAUCUAUGCAUCUCUAUGAGGAAAGUUCAGUGUCUCCAUGCAGAGGGUGGAGACACUGAAUAUCAGUGCUGCAAACAGUGCAGCACUGCCCCAGGAAGCACUUCUAGUAGCCAUCUACUGAGUAGCCAGUAGAGGUAUCCAUGGUCUGUAAGGUUAACUUAACACUGCAUUUUUUCUGAAACAACAGUGUUAAAUGCAAAAAGCCUGCAGGGACUGACUAUACUCACCAGAACAACUACAAUGAGCUUUAGUUGUUCUGGUGACUAGAGUAUCCCUUUAAUGAAGAUGUUUGGGUAUAUAGAUCAUGCCCCUGCAAUCUUACAGCUCAGCCAUUUAAGAGUAUUUUGUUUCUGUUUAUGCAGCCCUUGCCCUCCCCUGGUUCUGACUCACACAGCCUGCAUGAAAAAAAAUGUUUACAUUUUAGUCAGAUCUUACGGUGUGUUUACUAUAGAAGUUUUUUUUGCUCUUGCUCUGUUAAUUGAACUUUAAUCAAACACAUUUACAGAGCAGAACAGAGCACAUUCUAAGUUAAACAAACUGUGUAAUAAAGGGAUAUUAAAAACGAGAUCUAUCAUUAUAGGAAAUAUGUAGGGAGGUUAUGUAAAGCUGGGGAGGUGUGCCUAGGGUCGCUUAAACAAAUUGUUUAACUCUUAAAUGGAUAAGAAUUGAGCAGCAAGACUGCAGGGGCAUGAUCUAUACAUCAAAGUCCCAAAGUGUAUCCCUUUAAAUAUAUACAAGUGUAGAAUAGAACGUGCAACUUGCUGCAGAAAUAGUUUUUAACCUUGAGUUUAUUUCCACACCAGAAUUGUCUAUUCAUUUAAAGGGAUAUUAUAAAUGUACGUUCAAGCUCCAGAAAUCAUACGCACUCACUUUGUGUCAGACACACACACACUGAAACACACAUAUACUCACUGACAGAUAUACACUGACAAACACACAUACAGAUACACUCACUGACAGACAUAUAUACAUUCAGUGUGAGGCACACACAUUCACUGACAAGACAUACACUCUCAGUGACAGACAUGCAUACACACACUGCCAGAUACCUAUAUACACAUUGACACAUGCAUACACACACACUGACAAACACAUAUACACGAUCAGUGACAGACACACACUCUCACUAACAGAUACACACACACUCUCACUAACAGACACACACACACUCUCACUAACAGAUACACACACACUCUCACUAACAGAUACACACAGACUUUCACUGACAGACACACACACAUGCUCACUAACAGAAACACUAACACUCACUAACAGACUCACUCAGCUCUCUCGCACGCCUCUCAGUGAUGCCGGGGCUGGAGUGACAUCAUAUUCCAGCUCUGGUAUCACUGGAGUGCGCACGAGGAAGCUGAGCAGGAGAGAGCACUCCCUCGCCGCCCGCCUCUUACACCAGUGCAUUUCAUCCUCAAGGGGGCCCUAAGGGUUGCCAGCCAGCCAGCUCCUGGGCCCCCAAGGACAAGAAGCAGGCAAGGUAUCUGUCAGGGCAAUUGGGUGACUUCUUUUUUUGCCACCCCCCUGCAAGUGCUUCCCAAGGCAAAUGCCUUGUCGGCCUCACACUAGAUACAGCGCUGCAGACACCCUACAGAAAGGAAGAGGCUCUGCCAAUCAGAUGUUUCCCUUUACGGUUUUUGAGUUUUUAUUUAUUUAUUUUCUAAGUUCUAUCCAGCAAAGGUUUAUCUCAUAUGAAGUUUCGUUCCUAGCCACAGUUCCUCUUCUGACAUAUGAUAACUGGACCAACUGAAUACGUUGAUAGCAGUUAUACCAUGGCCACUGUCAACAAUUCACAGUUAUUUAAAUCUUUCUGUUGAAAGCAAGCUUCCAAGCUGCCACCUCACAACAGAACUGCGUGAUGGAUUUUGAGAGAUAUCCAUCCAAGCUGUGGAUGCAGCAGACAUUGACUGCACACACCACCAACAACAAAGUUGGAUAGAUGUUGAAUAGCAAAUAGGAAACAAAGAUUUUUCCUGGGACAUCUGUGGCAUGUUUCUGGGAGCACUUUUAUUGCUUUAGUAUUUUUUUCCAAAUUGCUGCAGUUAUAAGCUACUUUCAAGAGCAAUAACCUUUACAAUGAAGAAAAAGUAUCAAGGUGUUUAGAGUAACCCUUUAAACUUAAAAUUAUUAUUGGAGCUUAAAGUACAGUACUUCAACUGAUAUUUAAGUCCAGAAACAUUUGGACACUGACACACGUUUUGUUAUUUUGGCUGUUUACUAAAAUAAAUUCAAGUUACAGUAAAUAAUGAAUACAGGCUUAAAGAGCAGUCUCUCGGCUUUAUUUGAGGUUAUUCACAUCCAAAUGGGAGGAAGGGUUUAGGAAUUACAGUUCUUUAAUAUGUUGCCCCUUCUUUUUUAAGAGACUAAAAGUACUUGGCCAAUUGACUCAUUGACAGGGGUGGGCUAUUCCUUCAUUAUUUCAUCAUCAAUUAAGCAGGUAAAAGGUCUAAAGUUGAUCCCAGGUGUGACAUUUGCAUUUGGAAGCGGUUACUGUGAACCCACAACAUGCGGUCAAAGGAGCUCUCAAUGCAAGUGAAACAGGCCAUUCUUAGGAUGCAAAAACAAAAUCCAUCAGAGAGAUAACAGGAAUAUUAGGAGUGGCCAAAUCAACAAUUACAUAGGUACAUUCUAAAAAAAAUGCACUGUGACCUCUGUAACACAAAAAGGCCUGGACAUCCAUGGAACAACAGUGGUAGAUGAUCGUAGGUUCCUUUCUAUUGUAAAGAAAAACCCCUUGACAUCCUCCAGCCAAGUAAAGUACACUCUCUAGGAGUUAGGUAUAUCAUUAUUCAGGUCUACCAAAAAAGAGAAGACUUCAUGAGGGUUCACCACAAGGUGCAUACCAUUGACCAGCCUAUAAAUAGAUAAGCCAGAUUAGAUUUUGCCACAAAAUCAUCUGAAAAAAGCCCACUUCUGGAACAGCAUUAUUUGAACAUAAACUAAGAUCAAUCUGUACCAGAGUUAUGGGGGGAGGAGGGGGGAGAUGGAGAAGGCUUGGAACGCCUCAUGUUCUGAAGCACACCAUCAUCUGUAAAACAUGGUGGAGGCAGUGUGAAGCAUGGCUUCCAAUGGCACUCGGUUAUAUGUGUCUAGCAAUUAUGGGACAGAAGCAGUUGGAUUAAUUCUAAAAUGUAUAGGGAUAUAUUGUCUGCUUAGAUUCAGACAAAUUCAGUAAAGUUGAUUGGAUGGUGCUUACGUUUACAGAGAAACAAUGACACAAACUUGCUGUGAGAGCAACCUAGGAAUUUUUUAAGGCAAAGAAGUGGAAUAUUUUGCAAUAGCUGAGUCAAUCACCUAAUCUCAACCCUAUCGAGCAUGCAUUUUACUUGCUGGAAACAAAACAUAAAUAACAAAGACCCACAAACAAACAACUGAAGACAACAGCAGUAAAGGCCUGGCAAAGCAUCACAAAGGAGGAAACCUAGCGUUUGGGGAUGUCCAUAUGUUCCAGAAUACAAGCAGUUAUUGUCUGCAAAGGAUUCCUGGCAAAGCAUUAAAAAUUCACAUUUUAUUUAUAACUGUGUUAAUUUGUCCAAUUACAUUUGAGCCCCUGAAAUAAGGGGACUUUGUAUCAAAAUGAUUGCAAUUCCUAAGUUUCAUACAAUAUUUUUGUUUAACCCCUUGAAUUAAAGCUGGGAGCCUGCACAAUUUCAUUUCAAAUCCAUUGUGGUGGCGUACAGAGCCAACAUUUUUAAAAUUGUAUCAGUGUCCAAAUAUGUAUUGUCAAAGAAUGCUUGAAAUCAUUUUGUCUUUUUUUGUCUUUUACCUUUUAUAUAUAACUUAUUUGCCUAUUUUAUGUUUUCCAGGGGGAUUAAUCACAUGGUUUAAAUAUCUGAUCAUGUUUUGUAAGUAUUAAUUGUACCAAGGAAUACUUCUAUGCAAUGGAAAGACAUUUCAGCAUCAUAGCAAUCAAUACAUUUCAAAUCAAUUGUUAAAACAGAGUCAGAAUAAUGUUUCUUAGGAAAAUCUCUGGGAUAUUCCCAACUGGGUUUGGACUUCGUCUUUCUCAGAAAUUUGUAUUUUUAUUGUUUUUAUCUGGAUUCAUUACACUUUGCUUUGGAACAUUGUUCCUCCUACCAGACACAUCCAAAUUUAGAAGAAUAUUUUUAUCAGGUUCACAGAGCCAGAAUGUGGAAAAAUUACACAGUUAUGCUCCUAAGAAAGUGAACAAGAAAGCAGUGGAAUACCAAAAGUCUUUGUUGCGGAGUGCACACCAUGAAAAGUGGAAAUCCAAAGGCAAAUAUCAAGUGGAACUUAAUUCGUUAGGAUAUGAGGGCAACAGUAUUGAAAAUGCAUACAACGACAAACAAAAAGCAGAUCAUUUUCAGAAAAAAGAACACGCUAAUAUUAAAAUAAAGGAAAUUGUGGUACCUACUCACGAGAACAAAAUACCUGAAUUUCAGUAUAAUUAUAGAGCUUUCCAAAAAACGCUUACAUAUCCACCACUGGGCAACACAAGUGAAUCAAAUGAUUCUGAAAUUCAGGAAAAAAGGAAGAAAGUAAAAGAGGUAUUUGUUUUAUUGUUAUUUUUUUUGUAGAUGAAUCUGGUAUUGCAAUGAUUAUUUGAAAGUGUUGUUAUGGAUGCAUAUGCCUAGGUUGACUUUUUGAUUAGAAUUUUCGGGAUUUACUACUUCUUAUCACUUGUCUCAUUGUCAUGUCAGGAGGGUGUAAUAAUGUGAUUGCACCAGUCUAGCUGUCCUGGUAGGUGUUUUCACCAAUGCUGGUAAGUUAGCUGUCCCGUCAUGAUGGGCCAUGAAGCAACAAGUGAGCAAUACAACAAUAGGAUGAGUAGAUUUGUUUACUUAUGGAAUAAUACUUGUAAGUACAUCUGCCAGGCCUGGUUGUAAGGCUCUUUCUGUCUGACUCCAUGGAGUUAUCCAUUUUAGGAGCACUGUAGUGGUUAUGAUGCCAAGAGUGGCCUGGUGUCCCCCUAUGUAAGUAGUCAAAUUUUUGCUAAUAGUUUUAUGACUUACCUGGGGUCCACCAAGUGUCCGCCAGCUCCUCCAUGAAAGCCAGAAGCUUUCUGCAUUGAGCUAGGCUCCGCGAAGCAGGGCUUAACUCACUGGCUGAGACCAAUCAACGUACAUUUUCGGCCAAUCAACUGGCCUUGCACGGCAGGGUUUAGCUCAGAAGAACUAACAGAAGCUGAGUUUCUUAUUUGAAUAACUGUGUAAACGGUAUGGACUUCAAUUGAAUAGGUAUAUUAUAUUAAAUUAUUAAGCUUGAGGAUUAUUUUAUGACAUGCAUAUGCAUAUGUAGGGAAGAGAAUAUAUGUACCUACCUAUGUAUUCUUACUAUUUCCCUUUAAAGUCAAAUAUAUUUUUCCUUUUAAGAGGUCCCUAGUAGUAUAACCCCUUUAAGUGUUACAUGCCUAGGAAUUUUUUGAAUUUUUAAAACUUAGUUUUGUUUAAAAGGAAUACAUUAAAGUAAUUUAUUGAAAAAUCUCAUCAGGCCCUGCCUUCCAAUUUGUGUUCGGGGCUACACCGAUUAUGAUUCAGGUAAGAUUGUUGUUAUUAACCUUGAUAUGAAAAAGUCGGUUGAGGUGUUCUGAAACCAACGUAUGCUGUAGGCCAGUAAAUAAAGUGGGCAAAAAGGAACACAGUGAGGUAGCUCAGUUAGUAAAUUCUGGUAAACUGGUGAGGUAGCUCAGUUGGUAAAUUCCCUGGUUCAAAUCCUGGCAGCUCUUCAUCCCUCUGAGGUUGAUAAAGUGAGUACCACUAAGUAACAUCUAUUACUAUUUAGUUGCUGAUUUGGUUAAUUCUGAGACUGUGAGUCCCACUGGGAGAAAGACGCUAAAUAAAUACUAAUUAUUGUUAUUAUCUCCUUAGUUAUUGUUAUUAUCUCCUGCUUAAACACAUUUAUUGAGAAAUAAACGUAAUACCACAUAAGUAGUUUAAGAUGACAUUUACGCAUACCAGUUGAGGAAUGUAUGUUGUAUAUGCCGAUGACCUCUAGCGAUUUAAUGAUAUGGACUGGAACGUUCUGGCUGGAUGCUGUGGAUGUGGCCCCUAUUCUAAGUGAGUGUCCUGAAUAACUGCUAGGGUUCAGGCCUAGCCUUAUUAAAAAACAUGAAUUUGGAUGUAGUGAGGGUAGCUCCGUGCAGUGGCGGAAGGGAGGCGUGAUUUUGAACAGUGAGAAGGUAGGAAUCGAAAACCUUUACUGGGCACCAGGAAUUGUUCAUGGGGUAAUAAGGAAUGUGGACAGGUUGACCUAGCUGGCUUGUUUUGGUCAAGGGUGGAGUGAGUAUGUAAUAAUCUAGAUGUUUCCUUAAAUAGGAGACAUGGAGGCAGAGUUGUGUCGACCACUUAUGGUGAACUCCCAUGGCCUCAGGAAGCCGUAAAAGGCCAGGUAUAUGGUGGUGACUGAGUUAGUCUGGGGUUUGAACGGGGCUGAAUCUAGUACCUCUGACAUGUCUUUGAAUAACUGUUUGUUGAUGGGUAACCUUUGUUGUAUGGUAAUACCGUCAACCUUGGAUAUACCCUUCAGUAUGGUCUUAAUGGGGUAUAAGGAGAGGAAACUAGAUACUAAAAAAAACAACUAGUUAUUGGGGAAGGCGAUGUACAUAUGGUGCUGGAUGCCUAUCGGGUAUAACUUAAUUGUGUUGUGUGAUAACUUUAACUUGAGGUAGCAAAAAGUGGCGAAUGCUACCGGGGAGGUUGUAUCAAACAUGUUAUCUAGUUGAUGAUCUGCCAUAAAUUUCCUGUAUAAGGAAAUGCCCUGUCAUAGGCAGUACAAGUGUUGGCGGAUAGGGCCAGUUUUGUUAGGGUCUGACUGUGGUGUAGUAACUCGUCUAGUCCAUAAUUAGGUCUUGGAACAGGGGGGCCUGCUGUGGCCCGAUGUGCAGUUGUGGGUAGGGACUCUCAGAAAGCCUGAAAUUGAAAGCGAGACAAUCGAACAGCUGCAGUGUUUAAAACUCCUGAGACAUGGCACCACACUAAGUAAAGCUGAUUGUAGGUAGCCAGCCACGUCAGUCUUCUAAUGAACCUCAUUAUUAUCAAAGACGCCGAGUGGCCUUUGUUACUAACGUGGCAAAUCACCUGAUUGUCUGAAAAUCACUGUACCAUUUUGCCUGACCACAAAUGGACCCAUGCUACUGCCACAGCUACAAUGGGGUACACUUAAAAAAUGAGUUCUUGUAGAACCCCUCUAUAUCUUGUACCUCCUCAGGCCAACUGCCCUAGAGCCAUUCGUUGCUGAAAAUGGCUGCGAAACCUGUGGUAGCUGCUGCAUCCCUCCAAAUGACAUGGGAGUGUAUAGAUACCUGUGGAAGAAACAUGCUUUCCCAUUCCAGAUUGAGAGAAGCAUGUUCCACACAAGUAGAUUUGCUGUGGCUUGGGUGUUGAGGGAGAUGUGGGUAGUAGGCUCAAGAGUCUGUGGGAUGAUUCUUAUUGCGAAGUUUAGUGAGCUUAACAGUGAUUGUAAUUCUUUCUGGUUACAUGAGCCGGUAUGUCUGUAAUUAUUGAUGUCGUGGAGGAUGCUUGUGAUUUUUCUUUGAGGAAGACUGGCUUUCAUAGCCACCUUAUCUAGUUGUAUGCCUAAGAAAUUAAUAAUGAUGUCGGCAGUGGCAUACCUACCACGAUCGCAAGGGUCACAGCUGUGACCGGGCCCCUCACUCCAGGAGGCCGGCCAAGGCAACGGUCCGCUGGUGUCUGGCAGGAGGGGAGAGCUGUGCUGUGUUAUUUUACAUAACAGUGUCUUUAUACCCCUUUAAUAGUAAGCACAAAGAUACCCAAUGCCAUAUUAGUUGUCGACCGCUAGAGGGCCACAAGUCAAACUGCCCAAACCAUUGGCAACAUGUUGAGAGUAAACUGUCAUGCGUUCGUGAGAAAAGGCGCGAACGUAUUUGCAUCAAGUAAACCUAGGCGAGGAUUUGAGUAUCAAAAAGAACAGAACCCCUCGAACCCUCUUACAAUAAUAAUAAGUGAAGGACCCAAAUGCUCUAGCCGAUAAUAGAGCCUUUAUGCCUAUCUGCCCCCCAUUAACGUGCUACUGCAGCCGUGUGACUAAUGACCCAUUCGUAUGAAAUGAGCUGAAUGGGGGUGGCAACGUUAGAUGGUAGGAACUAGAAGUGCCACCGAACAGAACAUAGAAAACGAAUGAAAUAGGUGAAAGAAAAUGUUCAAACAGUGAGGGCGCUGGCGCGACGGUCAGCCCACAUGUUCAGAGGUCAGACCGUCGGGAGCGGGCUGUCGCCUCGAGGGGGAUCCAGAAAGAAAGUUUCCACAGAGCAGCUAGCUGGCGGUCUGAGUAACAGCAGCAGAUCAUCUGACCAAUUAUGGUAAGGUAAGGAAGGGGGGAGUCCCUUUUAAAGACCCAUAAGCCCCUCCCACAACUUCAGGCCCUGUCUUCCAAUACAUUGUAUAUACAAUAUAUAUAAUAUAAUAUAGGGAUCAAAUGUUUAAUUGAUUGAUUUGCUGUAGGCAAAUUUUCAUUUUUCAAUACAUCUGAAAAAGAGCUUUGUUUUUAAUGGUAGCCACUCAAGAUUACAUACUAUAACAUACACUAAUCAGGCACAACAUUAAAAUCACUGACAGGUGAAGUGAAUAACAUUGAUUAUAGUGUUACAAUUAAUAUAUUAUUCAGCAAGUGAAUAGUCAGUCACCUACCUAGAGAUUGUUUCAGACAAAAUACACCCAUGUAUGGCUUUAGGGCAGUGGUGUAAUGUACCCUGCCACACUGCAAAAAUUGUUCAGGAAUGGUUUGAGGAACAUGACAGGUUCACGGUGUUACCUUGGCUUUCUAAUUCCCCGGAUUUUAUUUUGUUUGAGCUAGAACAACAAAUCCAAUCCAUGGAGGCCCUACAUUGCAACUUGUUAUCAUUCCAGAUAACACAGGACACAUUGAGAGGUUUUGUUGAGUCCAUGCCUAGACUCACCAGAGCUGUUUUGACAGCACAAGUGAGACUUACACAAUAUUAGGCAGGUGGUUUUAAUGUUGUGGCUGAUUAGUGCACCAGUGAUUGUUGAAUAUUCAACCAUCUAUUCCAAUGGAUCUCAACAUUUUGACAGCCACCAAAAUUAUGCACAUGGCAAUAGCCAUGACACACAGGUUAAGAACCAGUGUGCUAUUCACUAAGUGCAGAUUGAAAUGUUCAAGUGAGGAAGCCAAAACUCAAGAGAAGUCAGCAAACGAAACUCAGAUGUACCAUGCCAUAUCCAGUGCAAUAACAAGGUAGUGAAGUCACCUUCACACAGUUUUCUUUCAUCUAAUAAUAGAUGAUCUAUAACUAUGGCAGCUAUACUUGAAGGAAUUUUCUUACCGCUAGACAUGACGACAAUUCUCACUGAAGAUAAAAAUGCCCCAGUUCUUUAGUCAGGUUGCUAAAAACAAAUUUAGCAGUCUGAUACUAAGACAGUGAAAAGGGUUAUUUAAAGCCCAACUAAUAAUUAUUCUUUUAACAAAUUACAGUAUGCUGAGAUAAAUAAACUAGCUAUCACAAUUAAUUGUUUUGCUUAUACAAUUUAGUUUUGUUUGUAAAAUGAACACAUUAUAAUUUCCUGUGGUAGACUUUAAGCUGACCGUAAAGUAAUAUGACCUUAUUAAAUAUGUAUUUUGUUUUUUUAUUAUAAAAAAAAAAACAUGGCUGCUUCCCAAGCAUUUAUAGUAUGCCACAGUAAGUUAUAUAGCAAGAAUAUUUCUACUGCCAAAAGGGAACCAAUAAAGAAUUCAAUAUAUUUACUCAACAAAAUAAACAGUUUUUAAUUUAUUUUUUAUAGACCUGAAAAACACAAACAUAGGCUCCAUGCUUACAAAGUUAUGUCACUAACAGGGUAUUUCACUAAAGUGAAAAUUCAAAGCAAAUUUCAAAUUUAAAGGAACACUUUAGGGUCAGGAACACAAACAUGUUUUUCAAACCCUAUAGUGUCAAAAUCACCAUCUAGACCCCCGAGUAUACCUUUAUGCCAGUCUGCUGCUGCUGCUGGCUCUCCCCUGAUUUGUCUGCUUUGCUGGCAUCAGAUUCUCUCAGCCAAUCACAAUGCUUUCCAUAUGAAAGCAUUAAAUUGGCUGAGACUGUCAAGGAGGCAGAUCAGGGGCAGAACCAUCACAAGCCAAACACAGCCCACACCAAUCAUCAUCUCCUCAUAGAUAUGCAUUGAAUCAAUGUAUCUUUAUGAGUAAAGUUCAGUGUAUCCAUGCAGAGAGUGAAGACACUGAAAGUCAGUCACACUGUGCAGCACUGACCCCGAAAGCAACUCUAGCAGCCAUAUGAGGAGUGGCCAGUGGAGGUAUCUCUAGGCUGUAAUGUUAACACUGAACAAGGAAUAGAGCAGCACUAAACAAACUAAAAACACUAGGAUGGGAGGCAGUAUACCUGAUAAUAGGGGAAUACCUCUAAACCCCAAGAAAACUAGAACAAGUCAUACAACAAUAUACAGGUAGUGCCAAGAAAAAUACUCCAAACACAAUAGUAUAUAAUAAUAUGAGCAAUGAAAGCAAUAGGCGCAAUAAAAAAACCCGCAGGAUAUCAAAAGAGUCCACAAUAAAACUUAGAAGAAUAGAAAAUACCAAAUGGUACGGCACAGUCUCGAUGGUGGCAAUAGAUCUUCUAGAUCUGGUAUGGGACUUUCUUGGUAGCUCCGCUUAAUAGCAGUAUAUGAAAAGGAAGCAAAAACAAUAGUGCAAUAUGGUACUACGUGGUAGGACAAACAACACUUGGAUAAGAUGUCAACGCACAUAUGGUAGAGCUAUACCCAGCUCUAGGUAAAACAGCAUGCAGUGGUAUACAAUACCCACUUUCAGGAUAUCCCUCUGGUUUUGGUACAUAGUAGAAUGACGGUAAAUCACAACUGGAUAAUGAUGACGUAGAUCAUAUGGAAUGACAAGAAAGCAGACAAUAGUGCUCUCUAUAUAGAUAGGUAAUAUAAGGUAAAUAAAAAUAUACUUACAAUAGAGUGAGCAGACUAACCACUCUAUGUAUCAAGCCUGGGUGGUAUAAUCCUCACCAAGGAUUUCUUUGGUUGGUUGUCCGCAGUAGGUAAUGGAUCCAGAUGUCAAGUAAAAGUAUAAAAAUAAAUAAUAAGUUCUAAAAAUAUAUGGCUAAAAGGCAGGUAGUGAGGUAGCCAAAAUACUUUAUUUAACAACAGCAUAAAAACCACAAUGCAUUUCUCCCCUUAGGGCUUUCUCACGUCUGUUAAGGAGCCAGAUCAUGCGCAGAACCAGCACAAGCCAACCCCACCCAGACCAAUCAUCAUCUCCUCAUAGAGAUGCAUUGAUCAAUGUAUCUCUAUGAGUAAAGUUCUGUGUAUCCAUGCAGAGGGUGGAGACACUGAAUGUCAGUCACACUGUGCAGCACUGACCCAUGAAGCAUCUCUAGCAGCCACAUGAGGAGUUGCCACUGUGGGUAUCCCUAGGCUGUAAUGUGAACACUGCCUUUUCUCUGAAAAGACAGCGUUUACUGCAAAAAGCCUGACGGGAAUGAUUUUACUCACCAGAACAAAUACAAUAAGCUGUAGUUGUUCUGGUGACUAUAGUGUCACUUAAAGGCCAAGGUAGCUGCAUGGAUAGCAUAGGUGAAUUAGAUCAUUUUUCCACUUCAGCUAUUUUGACCUUAAAUUUUAAUUUCACUUUGAAUUCACCAUAAAUGUUCACUUUAAAGAGUAACCCUGUAAAUAUUAAUUCAUUGGGAUUAACAUUACUUUUAAUUCAUUCUCAGAAGAUUUAGAAAUGUAUAUAAUUUGGCCUGUCAAUGAGAAUAGAUACUUUGUUUAGGCCAUGAAAUUGUGAUUUGAAUUGAUAUCUGGGGGUUAAAAAGCAACUAAUUUGAAUAUAUUGAAGUCUAAAGAGCUGUUCUGAAUGCCUAUUCUAAAUAUUGACACUUUUUCAAUACACCCAGAUAUGUAGUAGAAAUUCAACUAUUAUUGUCAGCUUUACUGCCUCAAAACAGAAAAUUGAGCAAUUUCAACUAAACAGAUGAGUCACUGACUUGUUACAUAAAAUAUUUCACAUUCAUUUACCAAAAUAAUGAGGCUGGUAUACUGUACGAUGCUGUGCAACAUGUUUUUGAGGGAUUUCAUUAAUAACCUGCAGUGUACAUAUGGAGUACCAGUCUGCUUUUAGAUGUAAAUUACAUUAUUUGUUAAUGUUUCAGGUGGUUUUCAGUGAAAUACAGUUUUAGUCCCUAUCUGAUUAUCUGUGCUAGUUAAAUAAAAUAAAAGAAACACCUUUGUUGAAUUGAAAUAAUCAAGGUUUGUAUUAAAAUUAAUUAUUUUAUAAAAUGGAAAAAGCUAAAACCAGGGUAGGAAAUUUAACGUCACUAUUUUGGAUCCUAGACGGUAACAAAAAAAUCCAUCCAAGAAGCACAAACUAAAUCUCAGAUCCUCAAAGAGCUGGUGGGAUAAAUUCUCAAACAAUAUACAGUAGGCCUAAGAAACAGAAUAAUAGAUGAGCUCCCUUUCUCUAGCAUUACAGAUAUGCUAGUUAACAUAAAAAUAGAUGCUUGGAAAUCUGGAGGGAUAAGAGAAUUAAAAAAUGUACUGGUGGUAUAUAUAAUUAAAACCUUCAAUCAAAUUAAGGAGGAAUUCAAUAUUCCCCCCAAGAAACUUUAAACUUCCUGCGAAUUAAGGGCUUUUUAGUAGAACACCUUCUCCAAUACGAGGGGGAGAAAAUCAUAACCCUCAAACAUCUAUUUGAAUUAAAGAACUAUAAAAACCUAAUGGCAAAAUGCGCUAAAGUUAUUUACAAAUGGAGACACGAUAAACCGAUAGAACUUAUUAAUAAGUGGGAAAAAGAACUACAAGUACAAAUAGAAGAAGAAGAAGAAUGGAUAAGUUCUCUAAACAAAUUAAGUAAACAUGUACAUUGUCUUGAUGAUAAUUCUACAUAUAAAUACAGCAGCUAAACUAAUGUUAGAACGCAACUGAAAAACAGUGACAAUACCAGGCACUCAAGAAUUAAUAUCUCAAGUCAUAUGGCAAGCAAGAAUGGAAAAGGGCAUCCUGGUGAAUUUAGGGAACAGAUACACUCAAAUAGAAGACUGGGAUACAUGGAUAUAUAAAAUGUAAAUGACAACCUAACAAAUACCAUCAUGGUUACUUUACCCCCCUUCUGAUUCAUGCAAUAAUUAAAUCAAGUAUAGCUAUGCUCAGACUAAAAGAGGCAAGGGCCUGAAACGAGGAGGGAGGAUAAGAAAAGAAGAUACAAGACCGCAACCUCCAAUUGGGCAGACAAAACAAAAAAACAGAGUAGUAAAAUAAAUAAAAUAUACUGAGCAUAAGAGGCUCUCUCUCCAAAGAAAAGGGAUUAGGCAAAACGAUAGAUUAGAAUACUUAACAAAUCUACAAAAAAAACAGAAUAGUAAAAUAAAUAAAAUAUACUGAGCAUAAGAGGCUCUCUCUCUCUCCAAAGAAAAGGGAUUAAGCAGAACGAUAGAUUAGAAUACUUAACAAAUCUACAAGGGUCGUGAGGGGGAUGGGGCGGGAGGAAUGGGAACUCGGGUGGGAGGGGGGGUCACAGGGAGCACAAUUUAGACUACACGAGAGAUUUAUGAUGACUGAAGUGCCAUGGCCUGAAAUAUAGAAACACUAACAAAACUAUACAAGGCAAGUAAAUUUUUUUUUUUUAAAUCUGUAGGAUAUGUUAAUUUUAAUGAGCAUUUCAAAUUAACAUAAACCAUCUUAAUAAAUAAGAGAACAGAAUACACAGAAGGAAACUGAAUUAUCUUUGAAAACGGAAUGAGGAACACAUAGAUAUAGAUAAUAAUUAGGUAUUAUUAUUAGGAUGAUAAAGAUUACUGUAAUUAUUAAUAAAGGUUCAUCAUAGUUUAACUACAAUAACUUUAGUUUGAUGACUGUAUAUAUAUAUAUAUAUAUAUAUAUAAUGUGUGUGUGUGUGUGUGUGUAGUGCAUGUGUUUAGCACAGUUCCUAUUUUGGUGUUAUCUCAUAUGUAUUCAUAGUACUGAGGAAAUAAUAUCAAAUUGUUGAGAAUGGCAUAGGUGUAAAAAGCAGGAGAUAUGGGGAGAUGACUCACCAAUUGUUAAACUAAUGGGGAGAUGAGAAGGGUAUGACCCUCCCCAGUCAUGUUGGUGUCGCUGUCGAUAUCUUAUCUUUUAUUGUUUUUAAAAAAAUGAGAAAAGCAAAACCUAUUAGAAUAGAAAAUGGCAUGGUGCUGGGUUUGUUACAAAAGACUGUCUCUCCCUAGAAUUUAUCGUUCCUGUGCUGAUGGAAAUUGGCUCUUUCUUAACAAACUACACUGAAUGUGCUCAGGCUUCUGAGCAUAGAGUUAGCUAAUCUCCACAUGUAGUAAAAGAACUUAGUGCAAAGGUUUAAUUAUAUAGCAACCUCAUAGAAUUUUUAGAUGUGUAUAAGUCCAAUUAGAGGGCUCUGUUUUGAGAACAGUGCCUCCUUUUAUAUAAACAUGACAUGACUUACACUAUAUGAACAAAAGUAUUGGGACACACCUCUUAAUUAUUGAAUAUGGGUGUUUCAAUCAGACCCCCAUUGCCACAGGUAUAUGAAAUCAAGCAUCUAGCCAUGCAGUCUGAAUUUGCAAACAUUUGUGGGGGGAAAUAGGUCAUUCUGAAAAGCUCAGUGAAUUCAAACAUGGUACGGUGAUAGAUUGCAAUAAGUCAGUUUGUGAAAUAACAGUAUAGGGCCCAUUACUUUCAGUGAAGGGAAAUCUUAAAGGACCACUCUAGGCACCCAGACCACUUCAGCUUAAUGAAGUGGUCUGGGUGCCAGGUCCAGGUAGGGUUAACCCAUUUUUUAAUAAAAAUAGCAGUUUCAGAGAAACUGUUAUGUUUAUUAAUGGGUUAAGCCUUCCCCCUAAUCCUCUAGUGGCUGUCUCAUUGACAGCCACUAGAGGCGCUUGUGUGCUUCUCACUGUGAUUUUCACAGUGAGAGCACACCAGCGUCCAUAGGAAAGCAUUAUGAAUGCUUUCCUAUGCGACCGGCUGAAUGCGCGCGCAGCUCUUGCCGCGCGUGCGCAUUCAGCCGACGGGGCGGAACGGAGGAGGAGAGAAGGAGGAGAGCUCUCCGCCCUGCGCUGGAAAAAGGUAAGUUUAAACCCCUUUCCCCUUUCCAGAGCCGGGCAGGAGGGGGUCCCUGAGGGUGGGGGCACCCUCAGGGCACUAUAGUGCCAGGAAAACGAGUAUGUUUUCCUGGCACUAUAGUGGUCCUUUAAUACUUCGUCAUAGAAAAGGCAUUUUGAACAAUGCUUGCAACAUUGUGAGAACAGUUUGGAGACAACCCUUUCCUAUUUCAGCAUGACUGUGCCCCAGUGCACAAAGCAAGGUCCAUAAAGACAUGAUUGGAUGAGUUUUAUGUGGAAGAACCUGAGCCCUGAUCUCAACCCCAUUUGAACACCUUUUAAUGAACUGGAAAGGAGAUUGCGAGCCAUGCCUUCUCGACCAACAUCAGUGCCUGACCUCACAAAUGCUGUACUGGAUGAAUGGGCAAACACCCCAUAGAAACAUUACAAAAUCUUGUAGAAAGGCUUCCCAGAAGAGUGGAUGCUGUUAUAGCUGCAAAAGGGGACCAAUUGCAUAUUAAUGUCUAUAUAUUUAGAAUGCGAUGCUAUAGAAGUCCCUGUUGGUGUAAUGGUCAGGUGUCCCAAUACUUUUGUCCAAAUGGUGUAUAUACAUUUUUGUUUCAGUUUUCUUUUAAACUGCUACCCAGUAAUAGUACUGUGAUGUUUGCAUGAAAUGUCCAUUAACCUGUCCACAGAAUGAGACCAACAGGUUUUUGAAUCUUAAACACCCAUUCUUUUUUUCCUUUAUUAUUUGAUUCAAAGAGCUAUAAUUUUUCAUUUGAGUUUGUAUUGCUAUAAAAUUCUAUGUGGGUGUUAAAAUAUAAAGUUCAUGUGGAUUCUUAAUGAUAUAACCACUAUGUGUAUAUUUAGAUUAAUAUAAUUCUACAUGCCUGAAAGUGUAAUUCUCCUGUCUGAAAGUGUCCUAUGUUUCUUUACAUAUUUACAGUUUCUCUAUAUAUUUUACAUCAACAUACAUUUUAUAAUGUAUACUAAUUUGUUUUAUAGCCACUGGAUAAUUUUUAUAUCUAGAGUUUUUUUAUUUAUAGAAUGAAUAUGAUUGUGGAAACAAAGUUAUAACAUGUUGUUUGCCAACAUUUUUCUUCACCAUUGUUGGUUAUUGUCCAGUAGCUUUGCAUCCCUAUUUUAAGAGUCCACUUACUCGUAACCUAUGCCUAAAUAUGCUGCAUAAAUCUCCCAGGGCAAGGCAAGUAUUGAACCCAGUGGUGGAACUACCUAGAAAGAGACCUGGUGCAAUAAUUUGUUGGGGCCCCAUCUAUCCAGUGGCGGAUCCAGAGCCUGAUCUCGGGAGGGGCACUUGUAGAUUAUUUAAAUAAAUAAUCCUGGCACAAUAACCACUACAGCUCAGUGUAGUAGUUAUGGUGCCAGUAGUGCCAGGAUCCCACCCCAGAGUAAGUAGUCAUACCGUUUAAGAACAGUUUGACAACUUACCUGGGGUUUGCUGUGAUAUAGGGCAUAGGAGCAGUGGCGGCAGUGUAUGUCAGGGUUGCAGUGUGUGUUAGGGGGCAGUGUGUGUGUGUGAGGGUGGCAGUGUGUGUAUGGGGGGCACUGUAUGUGUGUUUGGGGCAGUGUGUGUAUGGGGGCACUGUAUGUCUGUGUGGGGCAGUGUGUGUGUGGGGAACACUGUAUGUAUGGAGAGGUUGUGUGUGUGUGGGGCAAUGUGUGUAUGGGGGGGGCAGCAGUGUGUGUAGGGCACUGUAUGUGUCUGUGUAUUGGUGUGCAGUGUUUGUGGGGCAGUGUGUGUAUGGGUGUGCAGUGUGGGCAGUGUGUGUAUGGGGGCAGUGUUUGUGGGGCAGUGUGUGUGUGUAUGGGGUCAGUGUGUGAAUGUGGGACAGUGUAUGUAUGGGGGGCAGUGUGUGGGGGGGGGUGUGUAUGGGGGCAGUGUGUGGGGGAGGCAGUGUGUGUGUGGGGGGGGCAGUGUGUGUGUGGGGGCAGUGUAUGUGUGUGGGGGGCAGUGUGUGGAGGGGCAGUGUAUGUGUGCAGUGUAUAGUGUGUAUGGCAGUGUAUAUAUGUGGGGCAGUGUAUGUGUGUGUAUGUGGGGGCAGUGUGUGUGUGGGGGGCAGUGUGUGUGUGGGGGGGCAGUGUAGUGUGGGGGGCAGUGUGUGUGGGGGGGCAGUGUGUGUGUGGGGGCAGUGUAUAUGUGUGGGGGCAGUGUAUAUGUGUGGGGGGGGCAGUAUGUGUAUACAUACACUGCAUGUAAUUGCAUGAUGUCCUAUUUGAAGAUACUGGCGGUCUUCAUAGUAAUCACACUAUUAAUAGGCAUUGUGUAAUUCACCAAUAAGGAUUGCACAAGGAAAGUGUGGCAACAAUUAGCAAGAAAAUACUAUAAAUUGUUACGUGGCAACAUUUAUUUGUCUCACCAUGUUGAAAAACUGUGUAUAAUGUUCGAACAUUGGGAAAUUUUCUGUGUGAGGGAAGGGCAUUUUUUUAUUUAUUAGUACUAUCUUUUUUUUCUUUUUAAAUCAGGUGCCCCUAAGAAUUUUGUGCCCUGUGGCCCUUCCUAUGAUAUGCCACUAUAUAGAUUUUUAUUUUAUUAGCAUGCACUGACUGUCUCUGCAUGACUAUCCUGGUCUUAGUAUAAUUUCUUAGUAAAAUGUAUUUUAGCUUCUGGAACAUCUGCUGGAUUUAUAUGUAUAUGUAUAUAUUUGUAUAUGUAUAUCCUAUACUAAAGUGAUUGAAGUUUUUGAAGUUUCACCAGCCUUGUUGAAAGGAUUUUUGGGUUGGUGAAUCAGCUAUUUAUGUGCAGGUAAGGCUACUGUUCAAACUUCAGUAUGCUUGGCUGAUCAUUGUAAAUUGGAAAGCAGGAAGGUUGCCAAAAUGGUCAGAUGUGGAAAGGGUGAUGCAGAGAAACAGAAUACUAGAAAGAGAGGGGUUUAUACAGCUCCGAAGUAUAGAUGGGCCCUUUGGGAUGACUAUUGUGUAUCCCUUGGACAAAAUUCUUUAUAGUCUUUUCUCCUCGUCAGCUCACGUCCCCAUGGCACCUAUGAACAAUGCACAGUUGCAAGAAGAAGUAUGUGAACCCUUUGGAAUGAUAUGGAUUUCUGCACAAAUUGGUCAUAAAAUGUGAUCUGAUCAUCAUCUAAGUCACAACAAUAGACAAUCCCAGUCUGCAUAAACUAAUAACACACAAAGAAUGAAAUGUUGUCAUGUUUUUAUUGAGCACACCAUGUAAACAUUCACAGUGCAGGUGGAAAAAGUAUGUGAAUCUUUGGAUUUAAUAACUGGUUGAACCUCCUUUGGCAGCAAUAACUUCAACCAAACGUUUCCUGUAGUUGCAGAUCAGACAUGCACAACGGUCAGGAGUAAUUCUUGACCAUUCCUCUUUACAGAACUGUUUCAGUUCAGCAAUAUUCUUAGGAUGUCUGGUGUGAAUCGCUUUCUUGAGGUCAUGCCACAGCAUCUCAAUCGGGUUGAGGUCAGGACUCUGACUGGGCCACUUCAGAAGGUGUAUUUUCUUCUGUUUAAGCCAUUCUGUUAAUUUACUUCUAUGCUUUGGGUCAUUGUCCUGUUGCAACACCCAUCUUCUGUUGAGCUUCAGCUGGUAGACAGAUGGCCUUAAGUUCUCCUGCAAAAUGUCUUGAUAAACUUGGGAAUUCAUUUUUCCUUCGAUGAUAGCAAUCCGUCCAGGCCCUGACGCAGCAAAGCAGCGAUGUGAUAUGUGUGUGUUUGUUAAACAGGGGUAUUGAGGGUAUUGAACAGAGUUAUCCCCUCCUUCCGGGUUAUCCAUUACAUGGCUUUCUGCAUACCUCCUCACUCUUUUUCAUACAGAGUGCCUCUAUCUUCCGUAUAGAAGAUGCUCAUAUUUUAUAGGGCCUCCCUCCCAGGAUAUGGAGGUAAACGAUGACCAAGAUGUGGCGCUGGAGCAUGCCUUUUAUAUAGGACAAUUGGGAGAUUGGAGAUAAGAGUUGGGUAGAAGGGGGAAGGGCACAAGUUAUUACCUGUAUUUUGGUUUAUUAGUAUAGUAAGAUAUUUUGUACUGUUAGAUUGUUGUUUGUGUUUUUUGUAACUUGUGCCAAACCAAUACCUAUGUGAAGUGUGUUGUAUGUAAAUGAUUUCUAUGCAUUUUGUGAUAAAUCUAAUAAAAAUGUAUUUAAGUUAUUUAUUAAAAAAAAAUCUUCAGUAUGCUGAUUAUAAUGAUUUUGAUAAUUUCCUUUUCCUAUACACAAUACGGUAUUGUAUAGUUACAUAGUUACAUAGCUGAAAAGAGACUUGCGUCCAUCAAGUUCAGCCUACCUCACAUUUGUUUUUUGCUGUUGAUCCAACAAUUUGUUUUUUGCUGUAGAUUUGUUUAUUAUUACUUUCCAUUUGCAGAUGAUGAGGUUUGCAUGGUACAGUUACAAGCAAUAUGCUUGGGGAGAGAAUGAACUGCGCCCACUCACUAAAGAUGGACAUUUUGGGAGUCUGUUUGGUAAGUUCUUCUGAUGUAUUGGUGGACAGAAAAAAAGUUUCAUUAUUUACAUGUAUCCCACAAAGAUCCCCACAGUCUAUGUCCAAGUGUAUAUAUUUUAUAGGAUAACUGAAUGUUUGGUGUGCAUGAGUGUAUUACAGAGUUUCACAAAAAUGUUACUUUCAGUAAAGUGUGGUGUGGAUGGGUGUAUGACAGUGCAAAGAAAACAUGCAACUAUGGACUGACAAGUAAUUGCUCAAUUACAACAGCAUAGAUUACUGUACCCUAAAAACAUGCAUAAUGAUAGGGCCAAAAUACUACAAAAUAUUUAACAUACUAUAGUAAUGUUUAUCGAAAUGAUACCGAUCUAAAAAUAUAUGUGAUGCAACCUCCUAAAGUACGUAAAUGUUGUGAGAAAAUGUGCCCCUCCCUAUUUGCACCCUUUGGGAUCACACACCUCUAUGAUACUGUGCAGAAUUUCCUCCUUCUCAUUUCAGAUGAUGGGGUUAGACGGUUUCUCCACCAUUACACAUGCCCAUAAGAAUUUAUUUUCCAUUUUAUACCAGCUUGUUGCAGUCACAUAUUUAAUUUGACUUUAAGUAAACCUCAUAUUUGUGCUGAACCUUCCACCUGUUUAGAGGCUUGUCUCCUCAAAGUUAUGCCUGUGAUUUGGAAAGAGAAUUUUCUCAUUAGUCAUUACCUGUCUAACCAAAAUUUAAUUCACGGCAUAGGUGAACUAUGGCCUACUCAUCUUAUUCUCCUGACUGGCCUGUUUGACCCAGAGAUCAUUCCUGCUCACUUUUUCUGUGUGAGUAUUCCUCCACCUUGCAGUCCUUUUGCAACCUCUAUCCCUGGUUGCAGGAUAUCUGGUUUCUAGUGAUAGCUGUGCUCCAUAAAUCUACACUAUUUGGUCUAUAAGCUCCACAUUCUAACUCUUUCCAGACUUUUCUUCUCCCUACUGCCUGAUAUAAUACCCUCCACUGUUCAACUCAAUGUCCCUACUAUAUACAUCAUGCACAGAUCUCCCAAGGCCCAGUAGCUACCACCAACCCCUUACGCUCACAAACUCAGAGUGUAUUUACAUUGUACUACUGACUGUACAUGUUCAGGUGAGGCUGUUUUGAAUCUCAGUUUAAUCAUGUCAAGUCUGGGAGGUAAGGUACUGUUUCCUAAAAAAAAAAAAAAUGGUGUGAAGUGGUAUGUACAUGUAAUAUUUGAAAAAAAAAUUUAAUGUAUUUGGUGUGUAUUAUUUCUACAAUGUGCCAGUUUGCAAAUGAAUGCAGUUGUCUCCUACUAAUGCACCUAAAUUGUAUGUAUACUUCUGUUACUCUUAUCUACUUUGUAGUCUUGCACCCUAGCUAAUGGUUCCUGAACUGUCUAUAAGUGCCAGUGGUCCAGUCCUUUUCAAUAUUCCCAAAAUAAUAAAUUGGAAAAAUGCUUAAAUUCUGGACUGUAGGCAUAGUAGUUAGAACCUCUUCUCUAGCUCAUAGCACAUUAUAAUAUUGUCAAUGUAUACUGGUUUAUCUGAGGUAGGGGUUAUAGGUUUAUUGCAGGUGGGCUUGUCAAUUUGUUCCUACAUUUAAUUUUUGUUUAUUUUUAAUCAGCAUUUUAGCCAUUCAUAGCCACUCGCAGGACUUGGGAAGUACUAAAAUAACUGAACCUGGAUAUACUUUUUUCCGUCUAACAAAUGCUAGCAUGAAUUAUUUAGGCCCAUCCAAACUGAUAGACUGUUGCUGUGUGUGUAGUGGUUGAAACAUUGAAACCACUAAGUUAUCAAUUUCCAUAGCAGUAAAUUGUUAAAAACUAGAGCACUGAUUUUCUCAGUUCACAAAAAACCAAAGUUACUAUUUUAUACAGUUAUUAUUAUUAGUAUUUUGCUUCAUAUUUAUGAAUUAAUCAUAUGCUGCUACUUUAAUUUAAAGGUAAGAGGUGUGUGAGGCCUGUUAUUGAGCCUUGAUAUGCAUUCUCCACUAAUCCUCCACAACUUACAGCUAGCUACACCACAUGUAUGUGUAAUGUAGACAUAUUGUUUGGUUCCAUUAGCUCUCUUCCAUAUCUACAGAACUUUGUCUUCUCCUAGUCCUAAUUCCCUACAAAUGAGGCUUCCUUUCAAGUUUUUUAUUGAAUCUACCUGAUUAAAAUAUUAUCAUCCCCCCCAGAAACUAAAGUAGGCAAAGCUUUAUUUUAUUAAUCAUUAACACAAUCUUUAUCUGCACUCUGCUUUUAAAUCAGCAGUGUGUCUGUCUGUAACUAUUUGGCUUUUCUGUAGGUGGGUGUCGGUGUGUUUGCUAGACUUAUCAUAUAGUAUAUCUAUAAUUCUAUCUGCAUUUCUGGUCACUGUUUUUUUUUUUUUGCUGGUCAGCCUUCAUGCACGGUGCCUGUAAAAAUAAUAAAAGUAAUAAUAAUAAAAAGUAUUAAACCAGGAAAGGCACAUUCAGAUUACUCGGGUUUUCAAGUACGUCCUCGGGAUGUUACCUUAGCCCAACAUCCAGGGGGUUGUUACUAUUACCCAAUUUAAUGGUACUCAUUUUAUCUACCUCGGAAGGAUGAAGGGCUGAGUCAACCCUGCCGGUAAAUGAGUACCAUUAAAUUGGGUAAUAGUAACAACCCCUGGAUAUUGGGCUAAGGUAACAUCCCCAGGACGUAAUCUGAAUGUGCUUUUCCUGGUUAAAUACUUUGUUGUUAUUAUUAUUUUUACAGACACCCGUGCGUGAAGGCUGACCAGCAAAGAAAAACAUGACCCGAAAGGCAGAUAGAAUUAUAAAACAUGGGUAUCACUUAGUCUGGCAUUAAAGCAUCAAUGCUUGUUGAUGUUAACGUUCAAUGAUUGCGUGUCAAAUAGGGAACAUUUGCUAUUUUAUCUGAUUAACAUUAAUUUGGGUUUUUCAACUGCCAAUAUGUAUGUCUGUAUACCAGACUGAGUUGAUGCUAUAUAGGGCUAGUUUUCCCAUGCUAUUAGCUACUAUAACCAGUAAUGUGUUUCUCAACAAAACACCCAAAUAGUGGACUUGCUCUCAUUCACAUCUAAUACCCUGGCAGUCCUAGGGAGGACAUACCAUUGUAGGGUUAGCCAGAGCUGGACAUUCUGAAAAUGCUGCCAAUAUUACGUAGAUAGCAGGUUUAUUUGCUAUGUAAACGACCUUUAAAAAAAUAAUAAUCUUAAAAGGUCACUGUAAGCACCAUAAACACUUCAGUUCAUUGCAAUAGUUAUGAUGCAAAGUGCCAUUACGUGCCUUCACCCUGGUUUGUGUCAAAUCCUUUUACGUGGAGAGCAAGAUACAUAUAAAUGUACAGCCAUUGUUUAUGACAAACCACUGACCCAGUCUGGGGGAAGGCAAAUACUCCUUCAACCAUAACCACAAUGAGAUCUAGUGGUUACGGUGCUAGAGUGCUCCUUUAAAUUUAAAAAAUAAAUAUGUAUGUAUAUGUACUGUAUGUGUAUAUAUAUUUAUUUAUUUUAUAGCAACAGUAAUUAAAAAAUGUCUGACAUUACUGUGGAAUACAAAGAGUAAGCUAAUAUUGCUUUGAGAGGGAUUUUAGUGUCUUUAUUGCAAGGGAGGGAUUAAAAGUGCUUUAUUGUUUUAAUUCACAAAUCGAAAACUUCAAGACAAGACUUUAUAUGCUAAUAUAAUAAUACAGAAGGGAUUUAAAAAUGUAAAUAAAACAGCAGAUAAAAAGCAUUCCCUCUCCACUGUCAUUUUAAAGCACAUGUAGUAAAAUGUUUAUUUAAAGCGGCACUGUCAUGACGAAUCCUGUUUUUUUUUUAACCCCCCUCUGGCCUCCACUAUCUCUAACUGACCUCCUAGUCACCCCCAAAUGCCCCUAAGCCCCCACAUUACCUAUUUUUUAUUCCUUAUUUUCUGCCCAGAUCUUGAUUCAGGGCGCCGCCAUCUUUGUGUGGGUAGAUGAAGUCCCUGUGGGACACGUCAUUUGCCCACACUAGAUAGACUGUGAGAUUCCCGCACAUGCCCAGUGAAACACCUGGACAUGCGAACGGGAAUUUAAUCUAUUCAUUCAUUCAUCAGACAGACGAAUGAGUGAAAAGAAAUAUCAGCCGUACAAACAAACGCUAUAUAUCAGUGUUCGUUUGUUCGUGCAGUUUAUUACAAGGAGGGAGCUACCGGCAAGCAGCUCCCUCCUUGUAAUAUGUAAAGAUAGAAGCGGCAGGGAGCAGUGCUCCCCACCACUUCCUAAACCCCCCAGGUCUUCCCUCACUCUAUGAGGGUCAAUAUGACGCCCAUAAUAGCACAAGGGAGAUUAAAAUCUCCCCAAUGCCCCUACUCGCUAUACCGCAAGUAGGGGCAUGUCCACUAAACAGUGAGCAGCCCGUGGCUGCUGUUUGGUAAGUUCUUCUGAUGUAUUGGUGGACAGAAAAAAAGUUUCAUUAUUUACAUGUAUCCCACAAAGAUCCCCACAGUCUAUGUCCAAGUGUAUAUAUUUUAUAGAAAUAAAGCAAAUAUGUGCACAGUGUGGCAGACAGUUACUGUGAAACUCUAUACACCUCAAAGUGGUAUCCCCUUUACCACUUUAACAAUCAACAAUAUACAUACAUAAAUCGGGUGGAGCUUCUUAAAAUAGUAGUAUAACAGAUAUUCUGUAAAAUAAAAUAUAGACCAUAGUGCAAUAUAGUAGUAAAAAUUCAAUAAAAUAUGUAUGCAGUAGAUAUUCCACUCACAAGCCUGGAGUCAUAAUCUCAUAUGACUCGGAUGGUGUGUGCCUUUGGACUAUUCCAGGAUGUCCAAAAUCCUUUUUUCAUGCAAGAUUCUGUUGGUGGUCACUCCCAAACAAAAAUUGUCAGGUCAGCAAUGGGUUUCCAUAAAAAUAUAAUUUUAUUCCAAAUCAAACUAAAAGAAUUUUAUAAAAAUAAAUAAAAGCUCAAAUAGGGCUAUAUAGUCCUUUAAAGUCCUUAUAGAAUUGCCAAAACGCGUUUCGCCUGAUGCCACAGGCUUCCUCAGUCGGCUUUGUGAUCUUCUAUUCAGUUUCUCGAAUUUUAAAAAGUCCGCUUUUUUUCUCUUCCGGGUUCCGGGUUGUAUCUCUAUGGAACGCAAUUAUGCGUUCCAGUGACGUCACUUCCGGUUUCGUCACUUCCGGAUCAUAUUUUUCGUCGACCUGGAACGCAUUUGCUUCUCUUUUAUCACUUCCGCGUUCCGGUCUCGGUCAGCUGGAACUGACGUCAUCUCUCGGCAUCUCUAUUGUUUUUAAAAACGAACUGCACAAUUUUCAACCAGUUUAUGUAUUUAUCAUAAAUAUAUUUGUAUAUUGUUACUGGCACCAUAUAUUGCAUAUAUAUAUGUGUAUUAUUGAAUUCUAUAUGUGUUGAAAUUACUACUUUGCAUGGUGUAAAAGUAUUAUACAAAGAUAAUUAUUUUUCCAAAUAUCUUUAGCUUUUGAAAAUGUCUAUGCAAUAUACAAAACAUAUUGUCUGAUAAUGUUUCACAAAGAGAGCAUGAUGUCAAUAUAUAAAAAUAUUCUUCCAUUGUAUAAGUGGUCUAAACUUUAAAGUGGUCAUGUGUCUUAAAGUGCUGUUCUAUAUUUUUAAAAGUGCUCUUGUGAUAUUUCAAAAUUAAUGUUCAAAUGAAUACCAUUUCAAAAACUUAUAGAAAUCUAAAUAAUAUAAAAUGUAUAAAAAUGAAUUAAUAAAAAUUAUUAAAAAAUAUAUGUAUAUGAAAUUUAAUAGUAUAGGGGAGCUUAGUUCAUGAAAUGGCAUAGUUCAAAAUCUUGGUUUAGACCAUGUGGUGCCAUAGUGUUAAAAUUAAAAAUAAAUUUCAUUUCUUCUAUUCCUAUUUUUUUAAUAUAGUCUCCUCCUCUCCAGUCUUUCUUCACUAAUUUUACUGCACAGAAGAAUAGUCCUUCUGGAUCUUGGUUAUGGAAUAUUUUAAAAUGGUUGGAGACGCUAUGUGACUCCAAUCCAUUUUUAAUAUUCCUCGUAUGCUCUGCUAUUCUCGUGUUUAGACAUCUAAUAGUUCUUCCUACAUAAAGGAGAUUACACUGGCACUUCAGGACAUAAAUAACUCCUUUAGAAUAACAAGUUAGGUGGUCUCGAAUUUGGAACUGUUGGUUUAUCCAUGGUUUCAUGUCCGUUAUGUGACGUUUCCUACUUUUAGUAUUUCUGCACGCCAGACACUGGCCACAACCAUAAAAACCUUUACUUUGUUUUAAAAAAAUGUUUUCAACUAAAGUUUGUUUAUCACUACUUUGUACUAAAUUGCUUCUUAGAUUCCUUGCUCCCCUAUAAAUAAUCUUAGGCUUAUCUGGCAAGAUACUUUUUAGAACCGCGUCAUCUUGCAAGAUGUGCCAAUAUCUAUUUAUAAUCUUUUUAACUUUUUUAUGAUUUCCACUAAAAUUACAGACGAACGGAACAUCGUUAUUCCAUUUUUGUUUCCCCUUUUUGUCUUUAUAUAUCAGAAGAUUUCUUCUGGGAAUUGAACGGACUUCUUCUAGAGUUGUCUGUAAAUCUAUUUCUAUAUAACCUUUUUGUAGAAAUUGGGUCUUUAUUCUUUCUGCCUGUAGUAAAUAGUCCUCAUCAUUCGUGCAGUUGCGCCUAAUUCUUAAAAAUUGUCCUCUAGGUGCAUUUUGUAACCAGGGUGUAUAGUGGCAGCUCUCUUUUUGAAUGUAUCCGUUUGCGUCCACUUCUUUGAAAUGAUUUUUCGUAGUGAUACAAGUAUUAUUAAUAUUAAUAUCAAGAUCUAGGAAGUUAAUAUUUUCUUCACUUAUCUGUGCUGUUAAAACGAUGUUCCAUUCAUUAUUAUUUAAAAAAGUGAUAAAAAUAUCUAAUUCUGUUCUAGUUCCCGUCCAAAUGAAAAAUAUGUCAUCAAUGAAACGAUGAUAGCACACCAAGUCCGCUCCCCAGGCAUGUCCUCCAUACACAAAAUUUUCUUCCCAAUAUGCCAUAAACAAGUUCGCAUAGCUGGGAGCGAACUUGGUGCCCAUCGCCGUUCCCCGAAUUUGUAAAUAAAAGAUAUCUUGGAACCAAAAAAAAUUAUUGGUUAAAAUCAAGUGGAUCCCUUCUAAAAUAUAUUGAGUCUGUUCUUCUUUAAAAUUAUGUUUUCUUAAAAAAUAUUGCACAGCUUCCAAUCCAAUUUUAUGAGGUAUGAUGCUAUAGAGGGAGGUUACGUCACACGUGACUAAAAAAUUACCUUCUUUCCAAGUGGUCUCCUCUAAAAGUUUUAAAAUAUGUAUAGUGUCUUUUAAGUAAGCAGGAUUGCAUACUACUAAAGGUUGUAACAAUUUGUCCAGGUAUUCAGAUACCUUCGCUGAAACGGAGUCGAUUCCAGAUAUUAUUGGUCUACCGGGUGGAUUUUUUCUAUCUUUGUGCACCUUCGGUAGAUGGUAAUAAACUGGAGUUUUGGGGUGUGGGGUAGACAAAUACUUUGCUUCAUCUAUAGUUAAAAUUUCCUUUUCUAGACCUUUCUUGAUAUAUUCAUCAAAUUUCUUUUUUAUUUCCUCAAUUGGAUUCCUAUCCAAUUUUUGGUAUGUAAGAGGGUCAGAUAAAAUUCGUUCAGCUUCUUGUACGUAACUAGACCUUGAAGAUAUAACGACCCCUCCCCCUUUAUCUGCUGGUUUGAUAACCAUUUCCUUAUAUUUUACCUAUAUUUUAUAGGAUAACUGAAUGUUUGGUGUGCAUGAGUGUAUUACAGAGUUUCACAAAAAUGUUACUUUCAGUAAAGUGUGGUGUGGAUGGAUGUAUGACAGUGCAAAGAAAACAUGCAACUAUGGACUGACAAGUAAUUGCUCAAUUACAACAGAAAUAGAUUACUGUACCCUAAAAACAUGCAUAAUGAUAGGGCCAAAAUACUACAAAAUAUUUAACAUACUAUAGUAAUGUUUAUCGAAAUGAUACCGAUCUAAAGGCUGCUCACUGUAAAAAAAAACAACAAAAAAAAAACUAUUGGCCCCCACCCCUAAGCGACGGGUGGGGGCCCUAAAGUAAAAUAAGGGGGGAGACCUAAUGUCCCCCCCCCGGCCCCCACCCCUGCGCGGCGGGUGGGGGCCAUAAUGAUAAUGGGGGGGGACCUACUGGGCGGCGGGUGGGGGCCAUAAAGAUAAUGAGGGGGGGACCUACUGUCCUCCCCCCACGCCCCCACCCCUGGGCGGCGGGUGGGGGCCAAAUGAUAAUGGGGGGGGACCUACUGUCCACCCCCCCUCCGGACCCCACCCCUGGGCGGCGGGUGGGGGCAAUAAAGAUAAUGAGGGGGGAACCUACUGUCCUCCACCACCGCCCCCACCCCUGGGCGGCGGGUGGGGGCCAGAUGAUAAUGAGGGGGGGGACCUACUGUCCACCCCCCCUCCGGCCUCCACCCCUGGGGGCCAUAAAGAUAAUGAGGGGGGGACCUACUGUCCUCCCCCCCGGCCCACAUCCCUGGGCGGCGGGUGGGGGCCAUAAAGAUAAUGGGGGGGGGACCUACACCCGACGCCCAGGGGUGGGGGCCCUAAGUCAAUUGCCCCCCCCCAAGGUGACUAGGGGUCCCCAAGCCCCUAGUCAACCAACCCCCCAACCCAAAUAAAAAGUCCCUACCUACCCCACUCACCCUAAAAAAUAGUGAGGGGGGAAUAAAAUAACUAACCUGUAAAAUAAAAUUAAACUUACCAUUCGACGUCUUCUUUUUUCUCAAAUCUUCAUUUUUCAGCCCCAAAAAAGGCCAAAUAAAAAACCAUCAUAACCGUCGAACUUAAAAUAAAAUAAAAAUCCAGAGCGCAAAAAAAAAAAACAGAUGAAAAAGAAAAAACCCGAGCGCAAAAAAAUUAUCCAUCUUCACCCAUGGAGGGCUUCGCGCAGACUGAGCUCCGCAGGGCGGGGGAAGGCUUAUAAAGCCUUGCCCCGCCCUGCAAUUAGGCUAAGAACACUCUGAUUGGUGGGUUUAAGCCAAUCAGAGUGCUCUUUGUCAUUUUACACAGCGUGGGAAAAUUCAAAAGAAUUUUCCCACCUGUGUAAAAUGACACAGAGCACUGUGAUUGGAUGGCUUGAAAUCCAUCCAAUCACAGUGGUCUGUGUCAUUUUACACAGCGUGGGAAAAUUCAAAAGAACUUUCCCACGCUGUGUAAAAUGACACAGAGCACUGUGAUUGGAUGGCUUGAAGUUCUUUUGAAUUUUCCCACGCUGUGUAAAAUGACACAGAGCACUGUGAUGGGAUGGAUUUCAAGCCAUCCUAUCACGGUGCUCUGUGUCAUUUUACACAGCGUGGGAAAGUUCUUUUGAAUUUUCCACGCUGUGUAAAAUGACACAGAGCACCGUGAUUGGGUGGAUUUCAAGCCAUCCAAUCACAGUGCCCUGUGUCAUUUUACACAGCGUGGGAAAAUUCAAAAGAACUUUCCCACGCUGUGUAAAAUGACACAGAGCACUGUGAUUAGAUGGAUGUCAAGCCAUCCAAUCACAGUGCUCUGUGUCAUUUUACACAGGUGGGUAAAUUCUUUUGAAUUUUACCACGCUGUGUAAACUGACAAAGAGCACUGUGAUUGGAUGGAUUUCAAGCCAUCCAAUCACAGCGCUCUGUGUCAUUUUACACAGUGUGGGAAAGUUCCCCCCCCGUCCCCCACCCCUGCGCAGUGGGUGGGGGUCAUAAUGAUAAUGGGGGUGACCUACUGCCCCCCCCUGGCCCCCACCCCUGGGUGGCGGGUGGGGGCCGGGUGGGGGCAGUAGGUCCCCCCCCAUUAUCAUUAUAACCCCCACCCACCGCGCAGGGGUGGGGGCUGGGAGGGACAUUAGGUCUCCCCCCUUAUUUUACUUUAGGGCCCCCACCCAUUGUUUAGGGGUGGGGGCCAAUAGUUUUUUGUUUGUUUUUUACUUUACAGUGAGCAGCCACAGGCUGCUCACUGCUUACUAGACAUGACCCUACUCGCGGUAUAGCGAGUAGGGGCAGCAUUUACUAAUACUAAGUAAUUUUUUCUUAGUAUUUGUAAAGUUGGCUGAAAGACCAAUUUAGGUCUUUCAGACUUUUAGUAGAUAACUCCCUGAUACCGUGGGAAUUAGGGAGUUAUCUACUAAGCAGCUUCAAGGUGCAGCCACAGCACUAAAACGAUCAGAGUUUCAUUCAUUCAAAUGAAAUUGCGAUCCGAACAAAAUGACGAAUUGAGUUCUAAAAGAAACGAACAUACUGUUCUCAUUGAGUUAGAAUGCAAUUCGGCAGUUUUGUGUAAAAUGACAGGAAGCAUCGCGGGAACACAGAGGAAAGGUGAGAAUUGUGGGAAAAUUGCGCUGGUCAAAGCUGGUCAAGCGGAGGAAUCCUCCAUAAGGCAAAGAGUCCCUACUUUGUCUAAUGAUUUUAAAGAAAACUAAAGAAGACAGGAAGAAAAGAAGAACAGAUCCUGAGAGAGGGGGAGAAGAGGAAGAGAUUGAGGAAAGGUAAGUUCGGCAUGACAGUGCCACUUUAAGAGCUUCUGAGAUAUCUGAUAAAUUUUCAUUUUGUAAAUUAAAUCAAAGGGUUUUUUUGCAUUUUUUUUAUUUUUACACACUAUGCACUGCAAAUCACAGUUUAGACUGCUCAGUGUAUUCAGAAAGUAUGCAUACAUUGAUCACAGCUUGGUGAAGAGGUGUGCCUUCUCAUUAAACCAAACUGGCAUCCAGCAAGCUAGGCCAUAGAUAAUGCUCUAUGGAUAAUGCUCUAUGGGUAGUACUGGAUUGCACCAACGAUCAUCUAUCACAGUGUUUCCAAACCUUUUUUCUCUUGAGUAUCCCUGGGCAGUCCAUUUCCAUAAAUUGUACCCCUUAUAUUAGCAAAAUAUUUGUAAUUAUUAUAGUUGCUGUUAUUUCAAAUGUAAAUGCUUUUCUCUGUCCCAUCUCCCCUUUUUCUCUGUUCCAGGCUCCUCACAGUGCAGAUACACACAUGUGGACACACAAACAACAGACUGACACAUGUGCAGAUACACAGAUACAAAUUCUGACACACACACAGAUACAAACACUGACAUACAUACAGAUGUUGUCAGCGCUUAUAGAUAAUCCCCUUGAAUUUGGUUCGGGGUAUACACAUUUACCAAUGUAUCUGCAACAAUUAGAAACAACUAUGUGAUACAAAAUCUAGCAUAAAAAGUGUCAAUGUUGCUGAUUAUAAAACCAAACAAAGAAAAAAAUUAUUAUAAUAUCACAAUCCAGUACAUAUGAUAUUAUAGCAGGUUCCAAACUGUGGGGAAGUCCAUAAAGUUGUUGAAAACACAGACUGGUGCUGGAGAUCCCUUAAAAAAAGACAGAAAAUAAACAUAGUAUAAUACUGUAUUUAAUGUCUUAACAUAAAAAGGGAAUACCCCUCCCCAACAUAGAAACCCUUACAAGAAAUAGAUGUGGUGCUUAUUUCUAAGGACCACGUAAAAGCUUAUCUGGUUGCAAUCUCUUCUAUAUCCCAAAUGUGCCGUCCGGUUUGCAGAUGGAGACAGCGUUUGUCUCGUGCACUGAGGCAGGCUGGAUGCUCUGUAAAGUCCUCCCUUCCGCAGAUGUAACCUCGGCUGGCACAGGAGACUAGACGUAUUGACAAUCUCACCAGAUGAAAAAAGAUAAAAAUAAACUCCUCAUCAGCGCGUUUCGCCCUUCUUGUGUGGGCUUUUUCUUGAUAUAUGUCUAUAUAUCUUAUAUAUAUAUGUCAUACUAAGUGUAUUUUUAUAUUAAUAUAUAUAUAUUAAUAUAAAAAUACACUUAUAAUUAAAUUACACACGUAUAUGUAUAAUAUAUAUAUAUAAUAACUAUAUAUAUUGUAUAUAUAUUAUUAUUAUUAUAAAAUACAAAUAAUAAGUAAAUUAAAAUAAAUUAAAAAACUUUAAAAUAAUUUAAAUUUUUUAAAAUUAUAUAUAUAUAUAUAUAUAUAUAUAUAUAUAUGAAAUUUUAUUCUAACUGUAUUUUGAUAUUUAUAUAUAUAUAUAUAUUUAUAUCAAAAUAUACUUAGAAUGAAAUUAUGUAUACAUAUAUGUAUAUAUAAAUAAAUCUAAAUAAUACCAAAUAUAUAUAUAUAUAUAUAUAUAUAUAUAUAUCCAUCUACAAAAUUACAUAAAUAAUUUAAUUAAUAUACACGUAGACUUCAAAUAUAUAAACAUGCAUAUAUAUUUAAAUUCUACGUGCCUAUUUAUGUAAUAUUUUUACAUAAUUAAGUAAUUUUAUUGAUUGCAGUUUGAGGGACCUGCCUGACAACCCAGACCGAAAGUCCGGAGAAUUAAAUUGCUAGCACUGUAUUUAACCCUGUAACUUUCUAUGACACCCUAAAACCUGUAUAUGGGGGGGUACUGUUUUACUCGGGAGACUUCGCUGAACACAAAUAUUAGUGUUUCAAAACAGUAAAACAUAUCACAGUGAUGAUAUUGUCAGUGAAAGUGACUUUUUUUGCAUUUUUCACACACAAACGGCACUUUCACUGAUGAUAUAAUUGUAGUGAUACAUUUUACUGUUUUGAAACACUAAUAUUUGUGUACAGCAAAGUCUCCCGAGUACAACAGUACGCCCCCAUGUACAGGUUUUAUAGAGUUUUGAAAGUUACAGGGUCAAAUAUCUUUACAUUGAAAAUUGCCAGGUUGGCUAUGUUGCCUUUGAGAGCGUAUGGUAGGCCAGGAAUGAGAAUUACCCCAAUGAUGGCAUACCAUUUGAAAAAGAAGACAACCCAAGGUAUUGCAAAUGGGGUAUGUUCAGUGUUUUUUAGUAGCCACUUAGUCAAAAACACUGGCCAGAGUUAGCGUUCAUGAUUGUUUUUUGCUUUUUUAACACACAAACAAAUAUAAAUUUAUUUAUUUAUAAAAUAUUUUACCAGGAAAGAUACAUUGAGAUUUCUCUCGUUUUCAAGUAUGUCCUGGGUCCACAAAUCAUUGCAUUCUUACAUUAGGGUACAAUAAAAUACAAAACCAAUAUUAAUACACAAUAAAUACAAAAUUUAACAUAGAACAGGUAGAACAGGAUAAAUGCUAACUUUGGCCAUUGUUUGUGACUAAGUGGCUACUAAAAAGGACUGGACAUACCCCAUUUUGAAUAACCUGGGUUGUCUACUUUAAAAAAAUAUGUACAUGUGAGGUGUAAUUCAGAGAUUUAUGACAGAUAACAGUGUUACAAUGUUUCCUAUUUGUACUUAUAGCCCUAUAACUUGCAAAAAAGCACAUAAACAUUCGGUGUUUUUAAACUCAGGACCAAAUUUUGAAUCUAUUUAGCAAUUCUUUUCAUUAGCUUUCGUGGGUAAGGAAAAGGUUUUUCAAGCAAAAGUAAAAAAACAUGUUUUUUUUUCAAUUUUUCACCAUAUUUUAUUUUAUUUUUUUUAAAGUAAAUUAUAUGACAUGAUACAAAUAAUGGUAUGUAAAGAAAGCCUUUUUUUGUCCUGAAAAAAACAAUAUAUAACUUGUAUGGGAACAGUAAAUGAGAGAGAGGAAAAUUACAGCUAAACACAAACACCACAAAGUGUUGAAACAGCCCUGGUCCUUAACGAACAACAUGGCCAAAACAAUCCGGUCCUGAAGGGGUUCUGGGUGAUCAAGGUAUGGGUACUGAAACAAAAAAAUAAAUGUAAACAUGACUUUCCAUGACACUCAAUAUUAUCUGAAUCCUGAGUUGCUUUUUUCCAAACCGUUUGGUAGAGAAGGGGUGAAGAUUCAUAACAAUAGAGUGUGUAGAAGCCAAAAGAACCACCUGAAAUACUAUGAAGGUAUCUCACAGGCUACCGUACAAGAAUUCUGUAUUUGCUUGGUUAAGGAUGUGAACAGACAGAAAGAGUUCCCAAGUUAGAGAGCAGUUAACAUAUAUUAGAGUAGAACUGAUAAGAGCAUAGAAGUUUUUUUAUUAUUGUUUUAAAAAGGACCUGGGUGACAUAUAUGCCAAGUAUGGAACACUAACAUUAAAAUAAAGAUAUAUUUUUUAUUGUUGGAGUGUUCCUUUAAAGGGUUACUCCAAGCACCAUGACCACUCCAGUGAUUUGAAGUGCUCAUAGUGCCUGGAGUCUGUAUGUGUGCAGUGUUACAGUAUGAGAUGCUGCACAUAUGAAGUUUAACCCUUCUGCUGCAGAUGGCACCUCCUGCAAUGUCAUUAGGGGGUCAUCAGCCAGGCCGGAACUGGCUAAUGUCAAUUCUUUGCAAAUUUCAUUGCAGUAAAUGCCAGUCCUUGACUUGAGAGAGGUCAGAUGACAUGUGUUUGGAGCCUGCUUGUGUAGAGUGAGCUGAUUGUGGUGUGGUAUUGUGUAAAUAGGUCGAUUUCAUUAGUGUUUGUGGUGUGAUAUGUGUGGCUAGGGGCUGUUGAGAAUGUGUGUAUAGGGGGCAUAGUGUCUACAUGGAACGUAGCAAGUGUGUGCAUACGGCUGUAGUGUGUGUGUGUGUGUGUAAGUGAUGUAGUGUGUGUAGGGGCUGUAGAGAGCAUGUGUUUAGAGAAUGUAGUAUGUGUUUGCUUACAAGGAAUGUAGUGUGUGCAUAGGGGAUCCAAAGUUUGUAUGUCAGGAAUGUAGUGUGUGUAGGUGGUGCAGUGUGUGUGUGUGUAGGGGAUCCAGUGUGUGAGGGUGCUGUGAGUGUCGUGUGUGUGUGAGGGUGUUGUGAAUGAAUCUGAGGGUGCUGUGUGUGUGAGGGUGCUGUAAGUACGUGAGAGAGUGCUGUGAGUGUCAGGUUGCAGUGUGUGUGUGUGUAAGAGUGUUGCGUAUGUGAGUUCUGUGAGUGUUAAGGGGGAUGUGUGUGUGUGUGUGUGUGUGAGGGUGCUGUGAGAGUCCUGUGUGUGUGAGGGUGCUGUGUGUGUCUGAGGGUGCUGUGAGUGUGAGGAUGUUGUGUGUGUGUGUGUGUAUGUGUGAGGGUGCUGUGUGUGUCUGAGGGUGUUGUGUGUGUGGGCUGUGUGAGGGUGCUGUGUGUGUGUAAGGGGGGGGCUGAGUGUCUGAAGGUACUGUGAGUGUGUUUGAGGGUGUUGUGUGCAUGAGAGUGCCGUGAAUGUGUUUUGAGGGUGCUGUGACUGUGAGAGCGCUGUGUAUGUGAGGAUGCUGUGUGUGUGUGUGCUGUGAGUGUCCUGUGUGUGAGGGUGUUGUGUGAGUGUGCUGUAUGUGAAUAUGUUUGGAGGGACUGUGUGUGUGGGGGGAGACAAAUUAAAGGACCACAAUAGUGCCAGGAAAACAUACUCGUUUUCCUGGCACUAUAGUGCCCUGAGGGUGGGGGCACUCCUGCCGGGCUGGAUGGCAAGGAAAGGGUUAAAUCUUACCUUUUUUUCCAGCGCCGGGCGGGGCGCUCUCCUCCUCUCCGCCUCCUCUCCUCCUCUUCGGCUGAAUGCUCACGCGCGGCAGGAGCUGAGCGCGCAUUCAGCCAGUCUCAUAGGAAAGCAUUCACAAUGCUUUCCUAUGGACGCUGUUGUCUUCUCACUGUGAUUUUCACAGUGAGAAGCACGCAAACGCCUCUAGCGGCUGUCAAUGACACAGCCACUACAGGCUUUAGAGGCUGGAUUAACCCAUUUAUAAACAUAGCAGUUUCUCUGAAACUGCUAUGUUUAUAGAAGAAAGGGUUAAUCCUAGAGGGACCUGGCACCCAGACCACUUCAUUAAGCUGAAGUGGUCUGCGUGCCUAGAGUGGUCCUUUAAUUUAAAUAUAUUAAAUAUGUAUUAUUAAUAAAGUACAAACUUGAUAUCCUCCCUUCUUACCUUUUGAUUAGGAGGGGAGACUGUGCAGCCAUGCCUGGCGGUUCUAGUGGUGAGUGAACUCUAGCCUUGCGAGAUCCGAGCGUUGUAUGGUAACCACGGCAACGCUCCGACCUCACAAGAGGAACCUGGCCUCUCCCCCAGCCUCGCGGCCACAUGUCAGUGCCUGUGGGCCGGUGAGGGAGAUCUUUGAUCUCCCAACCGGCCCAUGAAAGCACAUAGCAGGGCCAGCACUCCCCUGCCGGCCUCGGCCCAUGGUCAUCGGAGCCCACCGGGCAUUUACCCGGCAUGCCCGAUGGCCAGUCCGUGCCUGAUGCAAACACACCACUGCAAUCUAACACAAACAUUACAUACAAACAAAUCCAUUUGCUUAAACUCCAAAACUAUUUACAAACACACCCUUUCACUCAAACACCAACACUACACACAAAAACAUACCUGUUUUCAAACGCAUACACAACACACAAGUAUACUGCUGCAUUCCAAUGGCAACAGUACAUACAAAUACACCCCUACAUGCACAGACAUACUCUAUACAAAAACAUGUUUACAUUGAAAUGCAGAAACACUGCUCAAAAAUACAACCCUGCAAGGAUGGGCAAAUGUUAGAUCUCUAGCUGGCAUAGAAUCAUGGUGAGUUGUAUGACAGAUGGGGAUCUAUAUUUUUGCCACUCUUGUGCUAGAGUGGGGCCAAAAAAGAUUCUUGCACCAGGGCCCUCUUUAGAUUAGUCCUGCCACUGCUAUGUACUAAGUAACACCUGGAACUUGAUGAAUUCCAUUGAUCCUUAUAGCUUCUGAAUGCACAUGCAAUAUAUUCAUUUAAGGUUUUAUAUUGUUUUUUGUUUUAAAUAAAAACGCUCAUAGAUAACUAAGAGGCUAUUUGGUAUCAUAAAUUUUGCAGAGAUUCUAAAUCAAAUAAUGGAAGCAAACCCAUUCUAUAUAGACAAUAUAUACUUAUGUGUUUCUCCCAUUUUGUGUACGAGUGCAAAGGUUUCUUGCAAACUCCAAUGCUCAACAUCUGUGUUAUCACCUAUAACUUGCACCCUCUUCUAUCUAAACUAGACAGUAUGUUCUUAGAAAAAUAAACUGCAACUUACUUUGUGCAAUUUAGGUCAUCAUAACCCAAAAUAAUAAAAUAUCUAUGUAACAGGAGGACUUAAAGGAGCGACUAUAGUAGAUGCCUUGGACACACUUUAUAUCAUGGAUUUGAAGGAAGAAUUUGAGGAUGCUGAGAUAUGGAUAAAGAACAGUCUGGAUUUGAAUGUGGUAAGAUAUCUAGCCUAUACAAGCAAUGAGCAUAUAUUUCUAAAAUAUAUAUAUAUAUAUUACAUUAUAUUAGACAAAAUUUCUUGGUCACUUUGCACAAGCUAAAGGGACUCCUCAACACCGCAAUAUAAGCGGGCCUGUAACGGAUCGACUGGCACCCCGACUGGGUAUUUCCGUUAAAGGAUGCUCCUAGCGCUUCCUGAGGACUCCAAGCACUGCAGCAGACACCACAAUCACCGAACCAGAGAAGCGUAUACCUUCUCUCAAGCAUAAGAAUGCUGUAGACAGUUGAAUAGGAACCAUACGAAUAGGUUUGCUCUCCUAGCAGUCAAACUGGAACAGCAUACAAUAAAUCCUUCCCCCAAUAAUGAGACGACACUUCACUUUGAGGGUUAAAACAGGAACUCCCUGUACUGUCACAUACAGUCACUUUUAUUCCCAUUCCACAAACAUAGUACAGCCCACAGGGCGUUACAAAACAACCAAUCAAUCCGUACAAUACACCCAGACACUCCCACACAAAAUCCUCCCCUCUGCAGGUGAUAUGAUUACUGAACACAAUGGGUAAUCUCAUUAUCACCGGCAGAGGAAUACAGUUUUUACACAAUAUUUAUAACUUCUAAAAUAUACAUGUCACAAACAUAAAACAUACAUUUUCAUAAUCAAUCCAUUCAGGGGAACAACAUAUUAAAAAAUGGCACGAAUCAGACCAGGGGUUCAAAAGUUAAGGGAAAGUCCUUUGUGACUAAAUGAAGCAUGGCUUUCUGGCCCAAACCAGUUUCAGAGUCUUCUAUCCUGGAGAUUGAAUUGAGAAGUAAUUCAAUUAUCUCCCAGGACAGACACAAGACUCCAUUAAGCACAUGGUUGCAAAAAGACAUAAAACACUUUAAAAUACAUAAAGUCACCUUUUACACAUAACACACAGACAUUUCACAUAUCCCCAGAUAGCUGGGAUCUGAGCGCACAAAACUACUGAAGAGCGCUCAGAUCCUAUUCACACAGUUCAAUUGCCAUGGAGCCGAAGUCUUUAACUACACGAAUGGGCUCCAUGGCAUAGCUAUCUGGGUUAACACAUUCACAUAAAGUCUGGUCCAUAGUCCAAAGGCAAGAGGCGGGCAAGCAGCCCCCUCCAAGGACACGUGGCGAGGCCGGUUUCGCCACAUUUCUCCCCUUUACCAUCCAAACUAACAGGGUAUCUGACCUCCUGCCGGUCAGUGCCCUGGUUAGUCCAGCAACCCACCCACGAAGCACAAACAGCAAUACAGCCCACCCACAAUAACUGGUUACUACACCUGGAUAAAAUAGCAACUUGUCCAUGUCCAGGUGCCUCACCACGGCUGUGCGGGGGGCUGGUAGACUGCCUUGGUGGGUUGCUGAGUGGGCAGAGACCAGCGGUACUCUGCCCGGGUGCCAGCGCUACCACUGAAGUAGCCUGGUUGGAGCCUGGUUGUGGGAGGGGGAGACCGACUGUCUCCCCUCUGGAUACACUGCUCUGUGGCUGGGGGACAGGACCGACCGUCCCUACCCCUGGUGCUGCAAGUGCAGAGACUACAGUCCCAUCUGCAUAGUUGUGGGGCUUAACAUCUCCCCUUGGUGGGUUAGGCUGCAGCUGGAGAGAGGGUGUAACAAGCUCCUCUCUCUGAACUGUAGACUGCCGCUGGGGAGAGGGGGUAACCUGCUCCUCUCCCUGACACUCUCUUUGCUGGUGGAGAGGGGGACCAACUGUGUCCCCUUUCAAUAUUUUGUCCUGUGGCUGGGGUGCGAGACAGACGGUCUCUGCUUCCUGGGGUACACACUGCCGCUGGGGAGGAAGGACGGCACCUUCAGCUCCCUGGGGUACACACUGCCGCUGGGGAGGAAGGACGGCACCUUCAGCUCCCUGGGGUACACACUGCCGCUGGGGAGGAAGGAUGCCACCUUCUGCUCCCUGGGAUACACACUGCCACUGGGGAGGAAGGACGACCCCUUCGGCUCCCUGGGACUCACACUGCCGCUGGAGAUCUGGGCCGACCGCCCAGCAUCCCUGUAGGGCCGGUAGAGAGACCGCCGUCCCAUCUCCACCUGCCAUCUGUGGGUCUUCCCAGGACCAGUCUGUGAGGUCCCUCAACAUUUGCGAGUAAGGACCACCUGCUUCCGCACCUGGCAACUCCGGCUGCUGCUGGGGAUCUGGGCCGGUCCCAUCUCCACCUGCCUGUUGUGGUUCCUCACAGGACCAGUCUAUGAGGACCCCUACUUCGGGUUCCUGCGGCCGCCUCAGGGGGAGACGGCUAGCCUCCUCGGAUGCAGCCUCUACUCGGCUGCUGUAACACUCCUUCCGCUGAGCAUACUCUCUCUCUUUCGCCAGCUGGAAUUCUCGGGCCAGCCUUGUGUUUCGCUCGGCCGUGACCUGGUUCCAGAUCACCCGGCGUACCUCCAUGGGUAAAUCAUCCCCAUACUGGGCCACUCGCUGCCUCACCUCGGCCAUCCAAUCAUCGCCAGAGCAUUCCAUACUUGUCUGCUCCAAGUCGCUGGAUACCUCUGCUCCCAGGGGCGCUGCACGUGUGCUAGCGUUGCCCUCAAUUUGUAACUCCAAACGAACUGUGUCUCUGAGCUGCUUUACCUCGCACUAGGACGCCAUCCCACCGCUUGCCACCAAUGUAACGGAUCGCCUGGCACCCCGACUGGGUACCUCCGUUGAAAGAUGCUCCUAGCGCUUCCUGAGGACUCCAAGCACUGCAGCAGACACCACAAUCACCGAACCAGAGAAGCGUAUACCUUCUCUCAAGCAUAUGAAUGCUGUAGACAGUUGAAUAGGAACCAUACGAAUAGGUUUACUCUCCUAGCAGUCAAACUGGAACAGCAUACAAUAAAUCCUUCCCCCAAUAAUGAGACGACACUUCACUUUGAGGGUUAAAACAGGAACUCCCUGUACUGUCACAUACAGUCUCUUUUAUUCCCAUUCCACAAACAUAGUACAGCCCACAGGGCGUUACAAAACAACCAAUCAAUCCGUACAAUACACCCAGACACUCCCACACAAAAUCCUCCCCUCUGCAGGUGAUAUGAUUACUGAACACAAUGGGUAAUCUCAUUAUCACCGGCAGAGGAAUACAGUUUUUACACAAUAUUUAUAACUUCUAAAAUAUACAUGUCACAAACAUAAAACAUACAUUUUCAUAAUCAAUCCAUUCAGGGCAACAACAUAUUAAAAAAUGGCACGAAUCAGACCAGGGGUUCAAAAGUUAAGGGAAAGUCCUUUGUGACUAAAUGAAGCAUGGCUUUCUGGCCCAAACCAGUUUCAGAGUCUUCUAUCCUGGAGAGUAAUUCAAUUAUCUCCCAGGACAGACACAAGACUCCAUUAAGCACAUGGUUGCAAAAAGACACAAAACACUUUAAAAUACAUAAAGUAACCUUUUCACAUAACACACAGACAUUUCACAUAUCCCCAGAUAGCUGGGAUCUGAGCGCACAAAACUACUGAAGAGCGCUCAGAUCCUAUUCACACAGUUCAAUUGCUAUGGAGCCGAAGUCUUUAACUACACAAAUGGGCUCCAUGGCAUAGCUAUCUGGGUUAACACAUUCUCAUAAAGUCUGGUCCAUAGUCCAAAGGCAAGAGGCGGGCAAGCAGCCCCCUCCAAGGACACGUGGCGAGGCCGGUUUCGCCACAGGGCCUUAUUAAAAUAAACAUUUAGUACAAGUCUGGAUUCUAUACCCAGCGUAACGGUUCACUCUGCUUACUAAGUAGCAAUUUUUCCAAUGGAGGAAUUGCUAUUCAAUAAGCAAUUUCAACCCUUAUACUGAGAAAGGCUGUCCAUAAUGUCUCCUAAAUGCAAUAUUUUUAUGGCAUGGAAUAGUUCUUUGGAAUUGUAGCAACAAUUUAAAAAUAAGUGAUCAGUAUUCUUUUUAUCUUUUAACAGAACACCACAAAAUCAUUGUCACUUCUCGACUAUAUUUGAGCAAAGGCUUCUUAAAAUAAGAAAAGUUGGUUAAUAUGAACAUAGAAACAUAAUUCAUCAUCAGUUUCUUACUAUAUAUUGGCUCUAAGUGUUUAUGUUUAACUUUUCUUUUUUUCUCUCCAGUUGGCACUCUUACUGCUAAUUUAAUUACACAGCUUGGCAAUAAUGGUAUUCUGCUAGUUCUACUAGCUCUUUCUACUUACUAUACUUUAUGUGGCUUUCUUCUCUAACUUAGAGAAUCUGUCUGUAUACUCUUUUUUUGGGGGUGGGGGGAAACAGUAUAAUUUUAACUAGUUUUUGUAGGGGCUCCUGUCUCGCUGUGAUAAUUCUACUAUCUGUAUGUACUAUCCAAAUAUUGAAUCUCACAAUAUAUUUCCUGCAGGUACUGAUUUUAAUUAGCGUCCAUGGUUGAUAAAACUAGUACAACAGAGUUGUGAUAUAACAAUAUCUAUACCCUAGACUAGGGGUAGGCAACCUUUUAGCAGCACUGUGCCGAUAUAGGAUUGUGAUGUCCCGUAGCGUGCCGGUCCUAUUUUUUUUUUUUAAAUUGAGGUGUGUAUGCUGCCGUAUUCUGCUUGUGUUAUUUAUACUGUAAUUGCUUUGUAUCAUUGUAUUUGUGUGUAUAUGAGCUAUUAUAUUGUAUAUGUUCAUGAGUAGAUUGUGGGACCAUUCAUACAUAUGAAUGUGGGCUGUGUAUGGGGCAGCUUGUGGAAUUGUGUGUGUGGAUGGAUAUGUCACAUUAUGUGUUUAGUAGUGUGUAUAUGUGUGGGGGCUGUUUGGGGUAUUGCAUGUGAGAGGCUGCAUGUGGGGUUGUGUGCAUGUAUGUGGAUUGUUAGUGGUGUUGCGUUUGUGUGGAUUGUGUGUAUGUUUGUGCAGAUUGUGUGUGUGUAUGUUUGUGUGUGGGCUGUCCGUAUUAUUUGUAUGAGGGGAGGGUCUUUCUGCAUUUCUGUGUAUAUCUAGCAGUGUGGGUGGCUUCUCUGGGUUCCAGUGGGGACCAUGUUGGCCAGGUACAGGUCAAGGACCGGAGCUGCAACAACAACUGCGAGCUGCUCUACUACUGUGUGGCUUCCCAUUCACAAGUGCUGGAAUGAAGUGCUCUUAGAUCACUUCCUCUAUGUGCUGCAAUGCAUAAAUUGAGGAUUGUCCUUCACCACCUCUUCGUAUUAGCAGAUAUCUGAAGUUUUACUGGGACUCCUGAUAGGCCAGAGCCUGUUUGGCUCUAGCAGCCUUGAGUGCCGUGCAAAGGCACCUCGAGUGCUGUGCAUGGCACUAGUGCCGUAGGUUGCCUACCCCUGCCCUAGACCCUGUGUCAUACUUAAAACUAGCAAACAAUAAAUGUAUCUGUCCAAGAGAAAUAGUUUAAUAUUAUUACAUCUUGUCUGAUAAAAUACCACUCACAGAGGCAGUCUGCUAUAAAGGCAAUAUGUCCCACCAUGUAAACCUAGCCUGAAUAUAUUAUUGAAAUAUAACAGCAAACUUUCAUUCAAUAGUUUUUUUUACAAAAAUUACAAAGAUUGUGCUUUAAGUCAAAUAUUUUUUUCAUAUAUUUGUACAGACAAAAUUGUAACAAAGAACCAGUAAAGUUGCCUUUUUACUCUCUUAAAUAAAAGAUCAAUAUUCCAAGAGGUAGAAAGGUGAUUUCAGAGUAUCACUCAUACAAAUCCCCAGCAGUUACAGGUCUAAUGUAUAAUUUAUGCAAGUCAUUAAAGCUGUCAUGAUCUGCCGAUUAUUCAUUCAUAACUCUGGCAGUGACUGAUGCUUCAUAUUUUUCAAUGAGAGCAGGAGAGCUGAGAAGCACUGAAUAACAUUGAUAAAGAGUAGAAGUACAAAGCAGGUCUUUGCCUCAUUACUCACAGAAUUGUAGCAGAAAAGCUCUGCAUGAGAUUUGCUUGGAACAUGUGAGCUGAAAGGCUCUGCAUUUUAUUUGUGAAAGCAUAACUGCUUAAAUCGCAGUAAAACCUUAUAACAAAUAAACCUUACCUUAAAAAAGUAAUAUUAGUGACAAUCAGGGUUAUUCACUAAAGGGAGAAUUAACAUUUACGUGAAUUUCAUAUUUAAGGUCAAAAUAGCCAAACUGGAAACACUCUCUAAGCCAGCUAUGCUUCAUGUUCAGCAACUCUGACUCUUAUAGUCACCAAAACAAUUUUUGCUUAUUGAAGCAGUUUUUGUGUAUAGAUUAUGCCCCUGCAAUCACGCUGCUUAAUUCUCUGCCUUUUAAGAGUUAAAUCACUUAUUUUCUGUCCAUGCAGCCCUAGUCACACCUCCCCAGGCUGUGACUGACACAAACUAUUAACUGAACAGUAGAUAUAAAAUUAUAAAUGAUUCAGAAUUUACUAUAAAGGAAGUAUAAACAUCCGAUCACUCUUUACAGGAAGAGUUUAGGAAGGCUGUGUAGGUCACAUGCAGGGAGGUGGGACUAGGGUUGUUUAAACAAAGUGAUUUAACUCAUAAAUGGCAGAGAACUGAGAGGUUAAAUUACAGGGGCAUGAUCUAUAAAACAAAACCACAAACGAAAGUUGUUUUGGUGACUAUGGUGUCCUAUAGUUUUUUUUUGUGUAUGACACAUGCUUCUGAAGUUUCACUGCUCAAUUCUCUGCCAUUUAGGAGAUAAAUCACUAUGUUUCUGUUUAUGCAGCCCUAACCAUACCUCCCCUGGCUGUGACUGUCACAGUCUACAUGAAAACAAAAUGCGUUCACUUUCAAUCAGAUGUAACUUUUUAAAAUGUUUUAUCUCCUGCUCUGUAAAUUGAACUUUAAUCACACACAAGGUCUAGCAAGCAAUUAAUAGAGCAGGAGGUAAGAAAUUAUAAAUUAGCCCUUUAAGGACAGUGGGCGUUCUAUGCCAUCCUUGGGGACCCGGCUCUAUGUACUUACCCAGUCGCCGGCGAUCAAGGUGGGGGGACUCACCUGCCAUCCCAGGGAGUCCUCCUGCUGCCGUUCUUGCCCCCUAGGCCAUGUGAUCGCGAGGUCCUUGCGAGCAGGGGGACUGCCUGGAAUGACAGGUAGUCCCCCUGCUGGCUGUAAAAUGAAUACAUUAGAUUAAAAUAGAUUAAAACAGUGUAAAAUUAAAUAAUAUAUACUUAGAUCAUAUAUAUAUAUAUAUAUAUAAUCAAAGUAUAUAUAUAAAUUUACACAUACACACACAUACACUGUCUAAGUGUAUUUUAAUAUUAAUAUAUAUAUAAUUAAAUAUAUAUUAAUAUCAAAAUACACAUAGAAUGAUCUUGAUUAAAUAUAUAUAUAUAAUUAUAUAUCUAUUUAUAUAAAAUAUAAUAUAAAUAUAUAUGUACAUAUGUUAUUUAUGUAAUAUAUAGUCAAAUAUAAGGCUUACGUUUCAGUUUUUCCACAUUGAAACUCGCCAGAUUGUAAUGGAGCUUCCUGUACCCCGGUUGGGUACCUCCGCCGACGGAUGCUCUAGUGCUCACCGAGGCCUACAAGCACUCCACCAGACACCAUCAGCACUGCAGUCCCCACGUCCAGCAUUACAGCUUGGCUGGGACUCGCCGUCCUCACCCACCCUGGACACAAGACCAGGAUCCAGAUUCCAAUGGGGGAACCUCUCUUCCUCCAGAGAGUCAAGCAGGAACAGCUCUUAAAAGAGCUUAGUGAUUAUAAUCCCUGGGGAGUAUAGCGAUAUAGCAAUCCCCAGGGUAAAUGCAGCCUUUUCCCCCACACAUGAGACAACACUCCAUGUUGAGGGUAAAACAGGAACUCAAGGUUUAAUGGGGCACACAGGCCUUUUAUACAAGUUUCCCAACAAGGGCGCCACCCAGGUGGAGCUUGUUGGGCACAGGGACAGAAGAACAACUAACCAAUAAAAAACACAGUCUCGCCACUUUCGCCACAGUUACGUUGCCUUUGGGACCGUAUGGUAGCCCAGGAAUGAAAAUUACCCCCAUGAUGGCAUACCAUUUGCAAUAGUAGACAACCCAAGGUAUUAGAAAUGGGGUAUGUCCAGUCCUUUUUAGUACGGUCUCAAAGGCAACGUAACCAAUCUGGCGAAUUUCAAUGUGAAAAAACUGAAAAAUUUAACAUGCUAUAUUUGACCCUGUAACUUCCCAAAACACCAUAAAACCUGUACUGUUUUACUCGUAAGGCAUCGCUGAAUACAAAUAUGUGUAUUUUAUUGCAGUAAAAGGAAACAGUAUUAUGACAUUCAUAGUUAAAAUGUCACAUAGAACUAAACAUUUUUUUAAAAAUUCUUAUUUUCUCCCAUUUUUUUAAAUUGUAUUCAUUUUAAAUUAUGUUUCAUACCUAAAUAUUUGAUGUUAACUGAAAGCCCCGAUUCCCCUGAAUAAAAUGAUUUAUAAGAAGUGUGGGUGCACAUAAUAUGAAAGAGGUGAAUUACGCCUGAACAGACAUAUAGACAAAUUCAAGGUUUUGUUUACGUUUUGUUAUUAUUAUUAUUAUUAUUAUUAUUGCCAUUUAUAUAGCGCCAACAGAUUCCGUAGCACUUUACAAUAUUAUGAAAGGGGAUUUAACUAUAAAUAGGAUAAUUACAAAUAAACUUACAGGAACAAUAGGUUGAAGAGGACCCUGCUCAAUCGAGCUUACAUUCUAUAUGAUCACAACGUGUACUUUGCUUCAGUCCUUAAGGGGUUAAACAUAAUUUGCCAAAAAGGAAGUGUAAAUAUUAGAUGACUCUUUACAGAAAGUGUUUAGGAAGGCUGCACAAGUCACAUGCAGGGAGGUGUGCCUAGGGCUGCACUAACAAAGAGAUAUAACUUCUAAAUGAGCAAUGAGACUGCAGGGGGAAAUAAAUACACCAAAACUGCUUCAUUAAGCUAAUGUUGCUCUGGUGACUCUUAAAGUUUGGUGUAUUUUUGUAUACAGUGUAUUUUGCUGAACCUUAUGUUAUAGUUUUUGCUGUAAGUAGUAUUCCUUUAAUGGACAUUAUUCAUUUUGUUCUUGUUUUUAUUAUUAGAAUGGAGAGGCUUCUUUGUUUGAAGUAAACAUCCGGUACAUAGGAGGAUUACUCUCAGCCUACUUCCUUUCAGGAAAAGAGGUAAAAGCUAUUAUGAUGUAUAGUAAAUAUAUUGAUAUCAUUAUACAAAGCAAACAUAAACACACAUAG